GGAAACGUGUUAAGGAAUAUUCUCCUCACUCGCUACUUUGGAAAUCAAAGGCUUCUUUCCAAAUCAGAGUUUGGGAGCGGGAACAGCUUGGCUGGAGGCUUUGGAGGUACUAAACAUGACCCCGAAUAACCCCAACUACACCUUAACAAUACUCCCUGUUACUUGGGGGGAGUGAGCAGAUAACAUGCAUUAUUGUAGUAUUGUUUACUGGUAGCCCGUGGUCAUAGGCUAAUAGGCUAUCAUAGGUUAUUAUUUCCUCAUAGGCUGUAAUCAUAGGUUAUUAUUUCCUCAUAGGCUGUAAUCAUAGGUUAUUAUUUCCUCAUAGGCUGUAAUCAUGGGCUAUUAUUUAUUAUUGACAGUUAUAAGAGGAUAUAAGACAUACACAUACAAACCCUCGGUUCCAAAUCAGACAUGGAUUCAAAUACUAUUUGAUAUCAUUCAAUUACUUUUAGCGUUUGCUUGAGACUGCCUGGUGUGCCAGGUGGGUGGGGUAUCCGCUUUUGCUACUAUUCCAUUUGUCCAUUAAGCCAGACAAGCUCAAUAGUAUUUGAACCCAGUUCUGUUCCAAAUCAUGUCCUCCCAUUUCCCCCAUUCCAAUCCAUCUAUUUAUUCAUCUAUCUUAUCUAUCUGCAGGUGGCUCUCUGGUCCAGGACUCUGACAAGCCGAGCAGCAGUAUGGUGGACAUCCAGUAUCUGCUGGACAGCGAGGGAGCCUCAGAGCUGGUCAUAGACCUCAUCGUCAGCACCAAGAACGAUCGCGUGUUCCAGGAGAGCAUCCUGCUAGGCAAUGCCCUGCUGCGGGGGGGAAACACUCAGAUACAGGUGGGUGAGGAGGGGGUAGGCUCAGUCAGAUACAGGUGGGUGAGGAGGGGGUAGGCUCAGUCAGAUACAGGUGGGUGAGGAGGGGGUAGGCUCAGUCAGAUACAGGUGGGUGAGGAGGGGGUAGGCUCAGUCAGAUACAGGUGGGUGAGGAGGGGGUAGGCUCAGUCAGAUACAGGUGGGUGAGGAGACGGUAGGCUCAGUCAGAUACGUAAAUACGAGAUUCAGGUUGAUGGGCACACACACACAGACUCACACACUCCGAUACAAGUGUUUAUCAACUAUCUGAUGGGUCGUUUACAUUCCCCCCCCCCCCCCCCCCCCCCCCCCCCCCCUCAGAAUUCGUUCUACCACCAGCUGCACAAGCAGAAGAAGUCGGAGCGCUUCUUCAAGGUGUUCUACGACCGCAUGCGUCUGGCCCAGCAAGAGAUCCGGGCCACCGUGUCCGUCAACAUGUUCGAGGUCAGCACCUGCAGGAAGAGAGAGGAGGACAUCGACGUCAGUCACAGUGGCAUCCGGCUCAGGAAAACAGGUAUGUUCUUUCUAUGUCUACAUAUAAAUAUAAUGACUAGAACAAUUUUGACUCCUAGCUUUUAGAGAUAAAAAAAAUAUUACUUCUUAAACAAAAUCUCUUUCUCUGAGCAAUUGUAUUAGUAUAAAAUAACAUACAUUUGCACUUUUUUUGCAUACAAUAUAGCUCAGUAUUUGUAUUAUUUGUAUUAUUUAUUUUAUACAGUCUUUUUUGCUCAUCUUUAUCAAUGGUGCCAAUAAUUUUGGACCUGACUGUACACUUGUGUGUCUGGAAUGUUGUCUGCUGUUGGUGGAAAACUAGAUUUCCCCACUGUGGAUAAAUACAUUUUGUUUGAUUCCAAUACAUAUUCUUCAUUCAGUUCUCCAGCUGCAGUCUUUCCCCUCCUUACUGGCCUUCCCCUUGUUUCAUGGGAAACAGACAUGUCUGUGAUGCAGCAGAUAUUGUAAAAUCUACAUAGACUCCACAGACUGAAGUUUGGUGUGGAAGGUUGAGAGAGUUAAAUAGUGAGGGACCAGGGAGGAGUGUGGGAGGAUGAGAGGUGAAGAGGGAGUUAAGUUUUAAAGAUGCUGAGUCAUAAUGGUCAUGAGGGGUCAUGCUCUGAACAUGAGCCUACAGGUCUCCAUGGAGAUGAUGGUGCUUAGGCCACUGAGAUGGGAAAAGGGCUCUCAAUGCAGACAUACAGAUAAUAGGCCUAUAAUGUAAAUUUGCUUUUAUUCAAAUGCACAUUUGUAGUGCAUCAAGUGCACCUGUGUAGUUUGUAAUAUACAGUGACAGUAAUACAGUGUAGUAUAUGCAUUGUCAUUCAAAGGUUUAAAACCCCAGCCUGGACUACAUAGUAAUAGUGACUCAUAAGGUCAAAGGUCGCUCACAUUUCUCUCUGUGCUGACAUCAUACCUUAGGCGCCAGUUGAUCUCUCUGGGCCGAGGUCAUUAACCCAUUUAACUAGCAAUGUGACUACAGUAAAAACAGUGUAAAUCUGUGUGGUUUCCCCUGUAGUUUCACUGACCUCUGAACACUGUGGAGUGAUUCUGUGGUUCCCUGUUCCUGUUUCGCCCCCAUGCCUGCGGUCACAUGUCAGGGGCCAUGUGAGGGGCCACAACACUAAGUCUAUCAAAGGGCCGUUGUAUCCAGAUGUUGUUUUGAUACACCAAAAUCCCCAACUACACAGUUAACCCGUUGUCAGAGGGGUCGCAGUGAUUUUAGGAAUUAUUACAAAAAAGUGGUUGUUUUGACUGAUAAGAUUUCAUGUCAGUUUGACUGGGGGGGAAGCAUUGAAAAACAAUCAUGGGAAUGGAUUGGCUCAUAGUGAGUAGCAGGGUUGUGGUCCAUUUCAUUUCAAUACAGUACUAUCAGGUCAGGAAGGGCAUUGAAAUUCAAGUGAUUACAUGAUCGAAAAAUUAUGUGACACUUUCAUAUCAUGGUGAGGCAUAUAUCUGUACCUGGGGCAAAGACUUUGUGUUUUCCUGGGGCAAAAGUUCAGGAUAUCACCAGGUUGCUUCCAGAGGCUGUGAGUCAGUCACCGGGGGCUGAUACUGUCAUGGUUCAUGUGGGGUCAAAUGACAUUAUGAAGGGCAGCUCAGAACAGCUGAAGAUGGAUUUUAAAGAACUGAUUGGGUCUCUACUUGACACCAACAAACGCCCCAUAAAAUCUGGCCCUAUGCCCUCCCUAAAUCAUGGCAUUGAACGGUUCAGCAGACUUUUAGCCCUCCAUAACUGGCUACGAGACUAUUGCAGCUCUGUGGGUGUAUCAUUUAUUGACAAUUUUGAUACCUUCUGGAAACAAAGCUUGCAUUACAAGGAGGAUGGGAUCCACCCAAAUCAUUUGGGUUCCUUGAUCCUUUCACAGCAUUUUAAGGCUGCGUUGAGACAAUGACUUAUCAAUGACCCAAGACCAGCGCAGUUAAUCCCUACCAUUGUGUCGCUGAGUUGUCAUAAUGAUUCAGCAAAUGUACAUUAUCCUAGGGGCGUUGGAAGACACAAUGUAAAUAACCUAAUUUAUGUCCCUCUUACUGCCCGGAAUGCCUCUGCUGAUCCUACAGCUAUUGUAUGCAAUAAUCAUAUGCCUAUGAACCAAAGUAAUACUGUUAGCACUGAGGUGGUGUGCCCUAGUAGGAAGUCCACUGUGUGCAGCUGACCCUGCACUAAUAAAAAUAACCUGAGUAUGUCUACCUCUGCAAAGCUUCCCAGUAAAGCAAGAAAAAUAAUCAAGCAUCCCAGAAAAGUGUUAAAAAUAGCCCACGUUAACAUAUGUAGCUUAAAAAACAAGGUUCAUGAAAUUUAUAAUUUGCUAGUAACAGAUGACAUUCAUAUUCUGACAAUCUCUGAAACUCACUUAGAUAAUACCUUUGAUGAUACAGUGGUAGCAAUACAAGGUUAUAACAUUUACAGAAAAGCCAGAAAUACCAAUUACGGCGAUGUUGCGGUCUAUAUUCAGAACCACAUUCCUGUAAAGCUUAGAGAGGAUCUCAUGUUAAAUACUGUUGAAGUAAUAUGGUUACAGGUUCACCUGCCUCACCUAAAGCCCAUUCUGAUGGGAAGCUGCUAUAGACUACCAAGUGCUAACAGUCAGUAUCUGGAUAAGGUGUGAAAUGUUUGAUAAUAUACACUACCAGUCAAAAGUUUGGACACACCUACUCGUUCAAGGGUUUUUCUUUAUUUUUACGAUUGUUUACAUUGUAGAAUAAUCUUGAAGACAUCAAAACUAUGAAAUAGCACAUAUGGAAUCAUGUAGUAACCAACAAAGUGUUAAACAAAUCAAAAUAUAUGUAAUAUUUGAGAUUCUUCAAAUAGCCACCCUUUGCCUUGAUGACAGCUUUGCACACUCUUGGCAUUCUCUCAACCAGCUUCAUGAGGUAGUCUCCUGGAAUGCAUUUCAAUUAACAGGUGUGCCUUCUUAAAAGUUAAUUUGUGGAAUUUAUUUCCUUCUUAAUGUGUUUGAGCCAAUCAGUUGUGUUGUGACAAGGUAGGGGGUGGGUAUACAGAAGAUAGCCCUAUUUGGUAAAAUACCAAGUCCAUAUUAUGGCAAGAACAGCUCAAAUAAGCAAAGCGAAACGACAGUCCAUCAUUACUUUAAGACAUGAAGGUCAGUCAAUCCAGAAUAUUUCAAGAACUUUGAAUGUUUCUUCAUACAAUACGUUUUGUAGUGAUUGCUAUGUUGUUGAUGUGAAGAAUAUUUGUUGGUCUGUGGUGUGUAAUGACGAGAAACCAGACACUGCACUUGACACAUUUAUGAAAUUGCUUAUCCCAGUUACUAAUAAGCAUGCACCCAUUAAAAUAAAAAAAUGACUGUAAAAACGGUUAAAUCCCCAUGGAUUGAUGAGAAAUUGAAAAAUGGUAUGGUUGAGAGGGAUGAGGCAAAAGAGAUGGCAAAUAGGUCUGGCUGUACAACCGAUUGGCAAACGUACUGCAAAUUGAUGUGACUAAACUGAAUAAAAAGAAGAAGAAACUACACUAUGAAGCAAAGAUAAAUGACAUAAAGAAUGAUAGGAAAAAGCUUUGGAGCACCUUAAAUGAAAUUUUGGACAUAAAGGCAAACGCCGCUCCAUCAUUCAUUGAAUGACAAGCAUUGUAAUUUUGAAUUCCGUAAAGUAAGCGUGGAAAAGUUGAAAAAAAGUAUUCUUGUCAAUCAACAAGGACAAGUACCGGGGUCUGACAUCUUGGAUGGAAAAUUACUUAGGAUAAUAGCGGACGAUAUUGCCACUCCUAUUUGCCAUAUCUUCAAUUUAAGCCUACUAGAAAGUGUGUGCCCUCAGGCCUGGAGGGAAGCAAAAGUUAUUCCCCUACCUAAGAAAAGUAAAGACCCCGUAACUGGCUCAAAUAGUCGACCAAUCAGCCUGUUAACAACCCUUAGUAAACUUUUGGAGAAAAAUUGUGUUUGACCAGAUAAAAUGCUAUUUUACAGUAAACAAAUUGACAACAGACUUUCAGCACGCUUAUAGGGAAGGACAUUCAGCAAGCCCAGCACUUACACAAAUGACUGAUUGGCUGAGAGAAAUUGAUGCAAAAAAGAUUGUGGGGGCUGUUUUGUUAGACUUCUGUGCGGCUUUUGACAUUAUCGAUCAUAGUCUGUUUACACCCCCUGCUAUACAGUGAGGGAAAAAAGUAUUUGAUCCCGUGCUGAUUUUGUACGUUUGCCCACUGACAAAGAAAUUAUCAGUCUAUAAUUUUAAUGGUAGGUUUAAAAUGUUAUAAAUUGAUUUGCAUUUUAAUGAGGGAAAUAAGUAUUUGACCCCUCUGCAAAACAUGAUUUAGUACUUGGUGGCAAAACCCUUGUUGGCAAUCACAGAGGUCAGACGUUUCUUGUAGUUGGCCACCAGGUUUGCACACAUCUCAGGAGGGAUUUUGUCCCACUCCUCUUUGCAGAUCUUCUCCAAGUCAUUAAGGUUUCGAGGCUGACGUUUGUCAACUCGAACCUUCAGCUCCCUCCACAGAUUUUCUAUGGGAUUAAGGUCUGGAGACUGGAUAGGCCACUCCAGGACCUUAACGUGCUUCUUCUUGAGCCACUCCUUUGUUGCCUUGGCCGUGUGUUUUGGGUCAUUGUCAUGCUGGAAUACCCAUUGACGACCCAUUUUCAAUGCCCUGGCUGAGUGAAAGAGGUUCUCACCCAACAUUUGACGGUACAUGGCCCCGUCCAUCGUCCCUUUGAUGCGGUGAUGUUGUCCUGUCCCCUUAGCAGAAAAACACCCCCAAAGCAUAAUGUUUCCACCUCCAUGUUUGAUGGUGGGGAUGGUGUUCUUGGGGUCAUAGGCAGCAUUCCUCCUCCUCCAAACACGGCGAGUUGAGUUGAUGCCAAAGAGCUCGAUUUUGGUCUCAUCUGACCACAACACUUUCACCCAGUUCUCCUUUGAAUCAUUCAGAUGUUCAUUGGCAAACUUCAAACGGGCAUAUAUAUGUGCUUUCUUGAGCAGGGGGACCUUGCAGGCGCUGCAGGAUGUCAGUCCUUCACGGCGUAGUGUGUUACCAAUUGUUUUCUUGGUGACUAUGGUCCCAGCUGCCUUGAGAUCAUUGACAAGAUCCUCCCGUGUAGUUCUGGGCUGAUUCCUCACCGUUCUCAUGAUCAUUGCAACUCCACGAGGUGAGAUCUUGCAUGGAGCCCCAGGCCGAGGGAGAUUGACAGUUAUUUUGUGUUUCUUCCAUUUGCGAAUAAUCACACCAACUGUUGUCACCUUCUCACCAAGCUGCUUGGCGAUGGUCUUGUAGCCCAUUCCAGCCUUGUGUAGGUCUACAAUCUUGUCCCUGACAUCCUUGGAGAGCUCUUUGGUCUUGGCCAUAGUGGAGAGUUUGGAAUCUGAUUGAUUGAUUGCUUCUGUGGACAGGUGUCUUUUAUACAGGUAACAAGCUGAGAUUAGGAGCACUCCCUUUAAGAGUGUGCUCCUAAUCUCAGCUCGUUACCUGUAUAAAAGACACCUGGGAGCCAGAAAUCUUUCUGAUUGAGAGGGGGUCAAAUACUUAUUUCCCUCAUUAAAAAUGCAAAUCAAUUUAUAACAUUUUUGACAUGCGUUUUUCUGGAUUUUUGUUGUUGUUAUUCUGUCUCUCACUGUUCAAAUAAACCUACCAUUAAAAUUAUAGACUGAUCAUUUCUUUGUCAAUGGGCAAACAUACUAAAUCAGCAGGGGAUCAAAUACUUUUUUCCCUCACUGUAUUGUGGAUAAAGAGUUGCCUGUCUAACAGAACACAGAGGGUGUUCUUUAAUGGAAGCCUCUCCAACAAAAUCCAGGUAGAAUCAGGAAUUCCCCAGGGCAGCUGUGUAGGCCCCUUACCUUUUUCAAUCAUUACUAAUGACAUGCCACAGGCUUUGAGUAAAGCCAGUGUGUCUAUGUAUGUGGAUGACUCAACACAUCAGCUGCCACAGCGACUGAAAUGACAGCAACACUUAACAAAGAGCUACAGUUAGUUUCAGAACGGAUGGGUAGGAAUAAGUUAGUCCCAAAUAUUUCAAAAACUAAAAGCAUUGUAUUUCGGACAAAUCAUUUACUAAACCCUAAAUCUUGUAAUGAAUCAUGUGGAAAUUGAGGAGGUUGAGGAGACUAAAUUGCUUUGAGUAACCCUGGAUUGUAAACUGUCAUGGUCAAAACAUAUUGAUACAACAGUAGCUAGGAUGGGGAGAAGUCUGUCUAUAAUAAAGUGCUGCUCUGCAUUCUUAACAGCACAAUCAACAAGGCAGGUCCUACAGGCUUUAGUUUUGUCACACCUGGACUUACUGUUCAGUCGUGUGGUCAGGUGCCACAAAGAGGGACUUAGUAAAAUUGCAAUUGUCUCAGAACAGGGCAGCACGGCUGGCCCUUGGAUGUACAAAGAGAGCUAAUAAUAUGCAUGCCAAUCUCUCCCGGAAAAGUGGUGCGUGCAUAUGUAUUCACCCCCUUUGCUAUGAAGCCCCUAAGUAAGAUCUGGUGCAACCAAUUACCUUCAGAAGUCACAUAAUUAGAUUGCACACACAGGUGGACUUUAUUUAAGUGUCACAUGAUCUGAGUAUAUAUACACCUGUUCUGAAAGGCCCCAGAGUCUGCAACACCACCAAGCAAGCGGCACCAUGAAGACCAAGGAGCUCUCCAAACAGGUCAGGGACAAAGUUGUGGAGAAGUACAGAUCAGGGUUGGGUUAUAAAAAAAUAUCAGAAACUUUGAACAUCCCACAGAGCACCGUUAAAUCCAUUAUUAAUAAAUGGAAGGAAUAUGGCACCACAACAAACCUGCCAAGAGAGGGCCGCCCACCAGAACUCACGGACCAGGCAAGGAGGGCAUUAAUCAGAGAGGCAACAAAGAGACCAAAGAUAACCCUGAAGGAGCUGCAAAGCUCCACAGCGGAGAUUGGAGUAUCUGUCCAUAGGACCACUUUAAGCUGUACACUCCACAGAGCUUGGGAGGGGGGGGGGGUGAAUAGUUAUGCACGCUCAAGUGUUCUGUUUUUUUUGUCUUAUUUCUUGUUUGUUUCAACAACAACUAAAAUAUUUUGCAUCAAAUAAAUAAAUAAAUAAAUCAAAUGAUACUGUCACGGAUUCAGCCGAGGCUGCUCCUCACUGUAUGUUGUGAAAUCUGUUAUAAAUGUAUUGUUAUGUUUUUAAAAUGUAUAACUGCCUUAAUUUUGCUGGUCCAUAAUAAAGACAAAGAUCAUUAAUUUUAAUUCCACUGCGAAAUUGUCUGACUUGAAAGUAAAUCACCCUCCAACCGUAGUCAGCAGAAAUCCUCAGAAUUUCUAGAAAACCUGUGAAUGUUUCGGAUUGUUUCUAGAAUUGUGCAACCAUUCAGUGACCCACCCCUUCCUCUCCUCCUCCUCUAGCGAAAGACUCUUCCCUUCACAUGAAAGACGACAUGCGUGGCCAGUUGAAGGAGGCGUCCUCUGCCACCUCCAAGGCCUUUGUCUCCUUCCGAAAGGAUCUGGACACAGACCUGGAGGUGCUGGAUGGCCAGGCCGGUGAGGGGCCCGGGGGAGGGGGCGAGGAGCGAGAGGAAGAGACCCAGAUGAGCCCGGCCAUCACCAUCAUGAAGCCUAUCCUGCGAUACCUCCAGCUGCUCUGUGAGAACCACAACAGGAACCUGCAGGUAUUGAAUUACAUUGAAUAAACGUAUUCUUGAUCCCCAGAGGGGAAACUGGAUUUGUCACCAGCAUAUAGGCACUGUAUUGGGAGAUCACAGUUCCUCUAACCACAAGCUGAACUUCAUGGUGUUUACCAUGUUCACAUGAUGAGUAAAUAAUGAAUCAUGUCAACAAGGAUUAGCAGGUAGGCCUACUGCAUUUGAGGAAACAGAUUUGAUUCUGAGACUAAAUCAUUGUCAUUUUCAACAACCGGGUAUUAUUGUCAAUAUCUGUCUCACGGUUUUAUUCUGAAAGGCAUGACUUUAUUUUGACACACCCUGCUAUAAACCCAGAUCAGUUGUGCUCACACACAGAUAGGAGGUCAUACUAGUAUCCUAUGAAUAUUAACCACCUUUCUUCCCCUCCUGGUUCCUCCCUGAAUCCAGAACUUCCUGCGGAACCAGAACAACAAGACGAACUACAACCUGGUGUGUGAGACGCUGCAGUUCCUGGACAUCAUGUGUGGCAGCACCACAGGAGGCCUGGGCCUGCUGGGCCUCUACAUCAAUGAGGGCAACGUGGACCUUGUCCGGCAGACCCUGGAGACAAUCACAGAGUACUGCCAGGGGCCUUGCCAUGAGAACCAGGUAGGGGACCACCACUACCAACCAGGUCACCCCAAAAACUAUACAGUACCAGUCAAAAGUUUGGACACACCUACUCAUUCCAGGGUUUUUCUAUAUUUUUACUAUUUUCUACAUUGUAGAAUAAUAGUGAAGACAUCAAAACUAUGAAAUAACACAUAUGGAAUCAUGUAGUAACCAAAAAAGUGUUAAACAAAUCAAAAUAUAUUAUAUAUUUGAGAUUCUUCAAAGUAGCCACCCUUUGCCUUGAUGACAGCUUUGCACACUCUUGGCAUUCUCUCAACCAGCUUCAUGAGGUAGUCACCUGGAAUGCAUUUCAAUUAACAGGUGUGCCUUGUUAAAAUUUAAUUUGUGGAAUUUCUUUAUUUCUUAAUUAUUCUUUUUUUUGUCAUUUAGCAGACGCUCUUAUCCAGAGCGACUUACAGGAGCAAUUAGGGUUAAGUGCCUUGCUUAAGGGCACAUCGACAGAUUUUUCACCUAGUCGGCUCGGGGAUUAGAACCAGCGACCUUUCGGUUACUGGCACAACGCUCUUACCCACUAAGCUACCUGCCGCCCAAUGCGUUUUAGCCAAUCAGUUGUGACAAGGUAGGGUUGGUAUACAGAAGAUAGCCCUAUUUGGUAAAAGACAAGUCCAUAUUAUGUCAAGAACAGCUCAAAUAAACAAAGAGAAACGACAGUCCAUCAUUACUUUAAGACAUGAAGGUCAGUCAAUCCGGAAAAUUUCAAGAAGUGCAGUCGCACAAACCAUCAAGCGCAAUGAUGAAACUGGCUCACAUGAGGACCACCACAGGAAAGGAAGACCCAGAGUUACCUCUUCUGCAGAGGAUAAGUUCAUUAGAGUUACCAGCCCCAGAAAUUGCAGCCCAAAUAAAUGUUUAAAGUUCAAGUAACAGACACAUCUCAACAUCAACUGUUCAGAGGGGACUGCGUGAAUCAGGCCUUCAUGGUCGAAUUGCUCCAAAGAAACCACUACUAAAGAACACCAGUAAGAAGAAAAUACUUGAUGGGCCAAGGAACAUGAGCAAUGGAUAUUAGACCGGUGGAAAUCUGUCCUUUGGUCUGAUGAGUCCAAAUUUGAGAUUUUUGGUUCCAACUCCCAUGUCUUUGUAAGACGCAGAGUAGGUGAACAGAUGAUCGCCGCAUGUGUGGUUCCCACCAUGAAGCAUGGAGGAGGCGGUGUGAUUGUGUGGGGAUGCUUUGCUGGUGACACUGUCUGUUAUUUAUUUAGAAUUCAAGGCACACUUAACCAGCAUGGCUACCACAGAAUUCUGCAGCGACACGCCAUCCCAUCUGGUUUGCGCUUAGUGGGACUAUCAUUUGUUUUUCAACAGGACAAUGACCCAACACACCUCCAGGCUGUGUAAGGGCUAUUUGACCAAGAAGGAGAGUGAUGGAGUGCUGCAUCAGAUGACCUGGCCUCCACAAUCACUCGACCUCAACCCAAUAUCACUGCGUGAGACUAGUUAACCCAAAUUAUAUGAUAUGUCACCGUCGUACCACAAGGAUUUCCUCUUGGCCUGGGGUCACUCAACGGUUACACCAGAAAACCAUAAUGUUGCUGUGCUUACUUUACCAUGGAAGAUGCAUUUGAGUUUGUGGUCCAAGCGUAGCCAUGUAAACCAUUGGAAUGAAUGUACAGCAAAUAUGUGGGGGUGUUCAGUAAGAUGUGAACCAUGUAAAUUUAUAAAGUGGUUGGGAAGUUACACUAUUGACCUACAAUCCUGCCAGACUGACAAUAGUAUUGUCUAAUUGAUUCUAAAACAUCUUAAUUAAAGGGAUAGUUCACUUUUUUGAAGUUUUAGCUUAUUGUCGAGGGUGUUGGGUGUUGUCAUUUGAACUACCUAUUUAAAUCUUGCCAAUUUUUUGUUUCACUAUUAUACUAACUAACUUCUUGUUGUCUCAGUCCUGUAUAGCCAAGCACGAGUCCAACGGCAUCGACAUCAUCAUAGCUCUGAUAGUCAACUCCAUCAACCCCUUGGGGAAGAAUCGAAUGGACCUGGUGCUAGAACUCAAGGUUAGCAUGCCUCUCCAUACACACACACACCCACACCCCUACAAGAGCCCUUGGAGAGCUUUCAGUGCAAGUCAACGGCUGGAUAAGCAGCAGAGUAUAGUUCAUUAUACCUAGACGAUUACUGUAUAGGUAUCCCAUCUUGCCCUAUAUGAGUGGGCCAUUCAUGCUACACACACGAUGCUGUCACUAUCAAUGGCAAUCAUUUGAGAGUCACUUUCUUGUUAAAAGUCCCAUUUGUCCUUGUGUGGUUAUGGCCUUACGAGGUGAUAUCUGCUGAGACUUCAGGGUGAGGGAGGAAUGCACUGCAUUUCUUUCCUCCUUUCUUUCAUAGGAAACAAAUGUCUUUCCUCAGUGGAAUGGAGAUUUUAGCAUUUAAAUCUUGGUGGGGCAAACUCCCCCAAUGUUUUUAGGAUGCAUGCCAGCAAAGCCACUACACAACACGACACAACACUAAACAAUACAUUAAUUGCACUAUAACAGUGACAAACGGUGCCCACAAACUGUUAGGGCCUACAUUAAGCUGUCCCAACACCUUACCACUGCUACAACUGACUAUCAGCGGAGCCUUGUCUGGCAGCGAAACAGUUCAUUCAGCCUCGUUAACUGCCUUUUAAAAAGACAUAGCUGAUAUGGCUGACUUGCUUAAAGAAAUUGGGUUUCUACUGACAAUUGAGAUGUACAAACUAUGGGGGACUAUAUAAGGGGACGACGAGCAGAUAAGAGGCAAUCCGUAGAUUAAGACAUUAAUGAGCGAGCUAGGACGGAUGUAGUCAAUAUAACUAUUUGUUCAGCACUUUUAAAGUGUACUGCGACAGAAUUCAGAACAUGGGCCGUUCUUACAGUAUUCUCCCUGGUACACCAAGUCAGAACCUUAGGAUAAAUGAAGGGGGCAUAUAAUCAGACAAUGAAAGCUCUUACAAUAUUCGAUGAUGACAUUUCUCUCAAACAGGCUAUAGGCUACAUGUGCACCACUAAGUCAGAACAGUAGGUAAUGAGCGGGAAAGGGACCAGGUUGAAUCAUGACGUCAGUGAUCUUCAGGGCGGAGCUCUAGAAAGAGGCCCGAGUUCCCGACUUGGAAUUCCGAGUUGGAUGACCAUUUAAAACGUAUUUUCCCAGUCGGAGCUAGUUUUUUCCCCAGUUGUCUUGAACUCACUGAAGUCUGAGAUUUCCCAGUUCCGAGUUUCCAGUUCUUUUGAACGCGGCAGAAGUCUUCCUGGAUUGACAGCAUGGCCAAUGUUGAAUGUUUAUCCUUUUAAGCUUGGAAAAAAAUACCCUUAAACCCAGACUUGGACCACACACCCACUCCAUUGAAAAGCAGGCUAGUGAUUGCUUUGCAAUGCUUGCAGUUAGCCACUGAUUCCUUCCAAACCACUCAUUGUUCAAUUUGCUAUUUCCAACUUGUUGUGUAAUGUUUAUGUCCAAUGGCUGAUGAGCACCGAUACGUUUUAUCUAUAAUUUCUCAUCAUAUGACAAGGAUUGAAAAGGAUUUGCCAGUAGACUUUUGACUUGAUUCAUGAUGAUGACUGCUAGCUUGCUAGCUAAGAUUUUGAAAGCAUAAUGUUGACAUGACCAGUCCAAUCAAAGCUACUGUAGAUAUAAUGUGAUUUGACGUCAUUUUAUCUGUGGCCAAUGACCUUGCGCCUUCUUGGAUGGGCACUUCUAAUGUAACUCUAUGGCAGCACCCAAGGGGCUUGAAUUUUCGAGCUCUCCCCGAAAAUGUUGUGGUGACGUAGUAUCCCCAUGAGUGAUAGAACACUGAGACAAUCACGGCACAACUAGAGAACAUUACCAACCCCUACACUCCGUAUUUUCCGCUGGCUGCCCCACCACCACAGAAAACACUGAGUUAGGCUGAAACACCUGCAUUUUGGAGCUGCCUUACUCAAGAAAGCAAAUAAGAGACCAUGUUUGUAUUCGGCUUUAUUAACUCAAUGAUUUUUUUUUUUUUUUUUUAUUUGUUUGCAAACUGAUAUGUGACACGUAUUCAUACCAAAAUAACAGGCAAAACAGGAUAAAAUGAAGGGUCUGAAUGAAGGGUCGCCACUGCCUCAGUGUAAUGUCAGUUAUCCAUCAGCUCAUUCAUUCCUAUAGUACUGAUUUUGAAGUCAGUUUCUGCUGGGUAACAUAUGAUUGUGGAGUGGGUUAGGAUUUGAUGGUCAUGUGACAUGACUCUGUGUGCUAGAACAACGCCUCCAAGCUGCUGCUGGCCAUCAUGGAGAGUCGCCAUGACAGCGAGAACGCCGAGAAGAUCCUUUACAAGAUGAGACCCAUGGAGCUGGUGAGUGAAUCCAUACACACACUUACACACACAAACACACAUGUUACUGACAACGUAUGUGUUCCAGGUGGAUGUGAUGAAGGAGGCGUAUUCCCAGGGGCUGGAGAGUGAGGCUGAGGAGAACUCAAUAGGAGACCAGAUCAAACCUAAAGACGUAGGACACAACAUCUACAUCCUGGCCCACCAGGUAACCCCAUGACGUGUGUGUGUGUGUGUUUUAACAUGCAUGAUUGAGUGUGUGUGGGAGAGAGUUUUUUGCACCAUGUAUAUUCAUACUUUAAUAAGGGCCCAAUGACAAAGGCAAAGUCAGUGGCACAGAAAAAGACGGUAAUUCACAUACUGUAUCAUUCGCCUAUGUGUCACUCUCUUACUCCCCCACCAGGUAAGUCUAAUGAUUCAUGUCUGUACAGUCGUGGUCAAAAGUUUUGAGAAUGACACAAAUAUUAAUUUUCACAAAGUCUGCUGCCUCAGUUUUUAUGAUGGCAAUUUGCAUAUACUCCAGAAUGUUACGAAGAGUGAUCAGAUUAAUUGAAAUUAAUUGCAAAGUCCCUCUUUGCCAUGAAAAUGAACUUAAUCCCCAAAAAACAUUUCCACUGAAUUUCAGCCCUGCCACAAAAGGACCAGCUGACAUCAAUCAUGUCAGUGAUUCUCUCGUUAACACAGGUGAAAAUGUAUGCACUCACUAACUGUAAGUCGCUCUGGAUAAGAGCGUCUGCUAAAUGACUAAAAUGUAAAUGUAAAUGUGAGAGUGUUGACGAGGACAAGGCUGGAGAUCACUCUGUCAUGCUGAUUGAGUUAGAAUAACAGACUGGAAGCUUUAAAAGGAGGGUGGUGCUUGAAAUCAUUGUUCUUCCUCUAUUAACCAUGGUUACCUGCAAGGAAACACUUGCCGUCAUCAUUGCUUUGCACAAAAAGGGCUUCACAGGCAAGGAUAUUGCUGCUAGUAAGAUUGCACCUAAGUCAACCAUUUAUCGGGUCAUCAAGAACUUCAAGGAGAGAGGUUCAAUUGUUGUGAAGAAGGCUUCAGGGCGCUCAAGAAAGUCCAGCAAGCGCCAGGACCGUCUCCUAAAGUUGAUUCAGCUGCGGGAUCGGGGCACCACCAGUGCAGAGCUUGCUCAGGAAUGGCAGCAGGCAGGUGUGAGUGCAUCUGCACGCACAGUGAGGCGAAGACUUUUGGAGGAUGGCCUGGUGUCAAGAAGGGCAGCGAGGAAGCCAAUUCUCUCCAGGAAAAACAUCAGGGACAGACUGAUAUUCUGCAAAAGGUACAGGGAUUGGACUGCUGAGGACUGGGGUAAAGUCAUUUUUACAUUUACAUUUUAGUCAUUUAGCAGACGCUCUUAUCCAGAGCGAUUUACAGUUAGUGAGUGCAUACAUUUUCAUAUUUUCUCUGAUGAAUCCCCUUUCCGAUUGUUUGGGGCAUCCGGAAAAAAAUUGUUAGGAGAAGACAAGGUGAGCUCUACCAUCAGUCCUGUGUCAUGCCAACAGUAAAGCAUCCUGAGACCAUUCAUGUGUGGGGUUGCUUCUCAGCCAAGGGAGUGGGCUCACUCACAAUUUUGCCUAAGAACACAGCCAUGACUAAAGAAUAGUACCAACACAUCCUCCGAGAGCAACUUCUCCCAACCAUCCAAGAACAGUUUGGUGACGAACAAUGCCUUUUCCAGCAUGAUGGAGCACCUUGCCAUAAGGCAAAAGUGAUAACUAAGUGGCUCGGGGAACAAAACAUCGAAAAUUUGUGUCCAUGGCCAGCAAACUCCCAGACCUUAAUUCCAUUGAGAACUUGUGGUCGAUCCACAAAAGGCGGGUUGACAAACAAAAACCCACAAAUUCUGACAAACUCCAAGCAUUGAUUAUGCAAGAAUGGGCUGCCAUCAGUCAGGAUGUGGCCCAGAAGUUAAUUGACAGCAUGCCAGGGCGGAUUGCAGAGGUCUUGAAAAAGAAUGGUCAACACUGCAGAUAUUGACUCUUUGCAUAAAGUUAAUGUAAUUAUCAAUAAAAGCCUUUGACACUUAUGGAAUGCUUGUAAUUAUACUUCAGUAUACCAUAGUAACAUCUGACAAAAAUAUCUAAAAACUCUGAAGCAGCAAACUUUGUGAAGAACAAUACUUGUGUCAUUCUCAAAACUUUUGACCACGACUGAUAGGUGUGGUUAUAUAGUCUUAUAUGUGAUUUCAGCAGGUGAUAACGGAUGUAACUUUCAAUGGAAGAGAUGGUUCCUGUGUUGAGUCGGACAGACCAGGUCUAGUGGGUUUUCACUUCUGUCUUUCACCCACAAUAGAGCCGAGUGUCAGACAGGGUAUUUCUGUCCGACCAACUGACUGGUUUCAUCAUGACCACCGAGCUCUCUGGGGCUGGCUGUUUGCACUUUCAAAAUAACACAUACGCAUGAGCACAUAGAGAAGUUUACACACACACACACACACACACACACACACACACACACACACACACACUCAACCCCAUCAGAUAACCCCACAUUUGCAAAUGAACAUACAUACCACACACCUGCCUCAAGCUUUCAUAUACACACACAUAACACACAUAACCCAAGCAUUCCCUUUUAGCUAUUGUUCCUGUUUAUCAGGAAAAGUCACCACACUUCUGAGCAUCUGCCUAGCAAAGGAAAAUUGGUUAUGUGAAAGUUCCCAGAACAUUUGUUAGGUUGCGGCAAAGGUUGUCAUAACACAAAAACUGUCCAGUCGUGCUGACGACUAUAGAAUGUUUGUAUAAAACAUUCGCCUGAUGUUGCAAGAAUGUUCCUAGAACAUAUUGAAUCUGUUCUUUAAAUGAUCACAGAAUGUUUAAUUAGGUUGUGGGAACAGUCUGGUGGGGACAUUGUGCGGAUAUCACAAAAUAUAUGUUCCCAAAACACAAAAACUGUCCCCACCAGAAAACAUUACUGGUACAUUGUUAUUACAUUACUUGGAAACCUGAUGAUAACUUUUGGGGAAUGUUCUGUGGUGGUUGUUACAGAUGUUGUGUUACAGAUGUUGUGCACAACAUUUUAGUGAAUGUUAGGAGAACAUUCCAAGGACAUUUCAUUUAAAACAUAAAAAAUAUAUACUGAACAAAAAUAUAAAUGCAAAAUGUAAAGUUUUGGUCCCAUGAAAUAAAAGAUCCCAGAAAUGUUCCAUACGCACAAAAAGCUUAUUUCUCUCUAAUUUUGUGCACAAAUUUGUUUACAUCCCUGUUGGUGAGCAUUUCUCCUUUGCCAAGAUAAUCCAUCUACCUGACAGGUGUGGCAUAUCAAGAAGCUGAUUAAACAGCAUGAUCAUUACACAGGUGCACUUUGUGCUGGUGACAAUAAAAGUCCACUCUAAAAUGUGCAGUUUUCCAACACAACACAAUGCCACAGAUGUCUCAUGUUUUGAGGGAGUGUGCAAUUGGCAUACUGACUGCAGGAAUGUCCACCAGAGCUGUUGCCAGAGAACUGAAUGUUAAUUUCUCUGCCAUAAGCCACCUCCAACAUCGUUUUAGAGAAUUUGGCAGUACGUCCAACCAGCCUCACAAUCGCAGACCAUGUGUAACAAUGCCAGCCCAGGACCUCCACAUCUGGCUUCUUCACCUGCGGGAUCAUCUAAGACUAGCCACCCGGACAGCUGAUGAAACUGGGGGUUUGCAUAACCGAAGAAUUUCUGCACAAACUGUCAGAAACCGUCUCAGGGAAGCUCAUCUGCGUGCUCGUCGUACUCACCAUGGUCUUGACCUGACUGCAGUUCGGCGUCGUAACCGCCUUCAGUGGGCUAAUGCUCACCUUCGAUGGCCACUGGCACAUUGAAUAAGUGUUCUCUUCACUGAUUAAUCUCAGUUUCAACUUUACCAGGUAGAUGGCAGACAGAGUGUAUGGUAUGGGCAGGUAUAAGCUACGGACAACGAACACAUUUCAUUUUAUCGAUGGCAAUUUGAAUGCACAGAGAUACGGUGACGAGAUCCCGAGGCCCAUUGUCGUACCAUUCAUCCGUCGCCAUCACCUCAUGUUUCAGCAUGAUAAUGCAUGGCCUCAUGUCGCAAUGAAGCAUUGAUUCCGAUUGGUCAGACCAGCUUUGAAUAGACCUAUAGGGAGGGAGGAGCAAAAUGGAGUUGUGAUCUGAUUUGCCUAAGGGAGGGCGAGGGAGGGCCUUGUAGGCAUCUCAAAAGGGGGAGUAGCAGUGGUCCAGUGUUUUUCCAGCGCGAGUACUACAGUCAAUGUGUUGAUAGAACUUCAGUAGCGUUUUCCUCAAAUUUUCUUCGUAAAAAUCCCCAGCUACAAUAAAUGCAGCCUCAGGAUAUGUGGUUUCCAGUUUGCAUAAAGUCCAGUGUAGUUCCUUGAGGGCCGUCGUGGUAUCGGCUUGAGGGGGAAUAUACACGGCUGUGAAUAUAACCUCUUGGAGGUAAUACGGUCAGCAUUUGAUUGUAAGAUAUUCUAGGUCGGGUGAACAAAAGGACUUGAAUUUCUGUAUGUUAUCAUAAUCACACAACUCUGUUCCUGGAGAGUUCUUUAUUGCUGUCUGUGCGAUGUACUGAGAACCCAGCUGGCUGUAUGGACGGGGACAGUAUAUCCCGGGAGAGCCAUGAUUCCAUGAAACAGAGUAUGUUACAGUCCCUGAUGUCUCUCUGGAAGGAGAUCCUCGCCCUGAGCUCGUCUACUUUAUUGUCCAGAGACUGAACAUUAGCGAGUAAUAUACUCGGAAGCGGUGGAUGGUGUGCAUGCCUCCUGAGUCGGAAUAGUAGUCCACUCUGAAUACCUCUUCUCCGCCGGCGGCGUCUUGGAGUAGCCUCUGGGAUUAGUUCAAUUGCCCAAAGGAUCCAAUUCGGGAAAGUCGUAUUCCUGCUCGUAAUGCUGGUGAGUUACCGCCGCUCUGAUAUCCAAAGGUAAUUUCCGGCUGUAUGUAAUAACACAAAAAACGUUCUGGGCUAAUAAUGUAAGAAAUAACACACAAAAAAUAUAAUAAUACUGCAAAGUUGCUUUGGAGCUAGAAGCAGAGCUGCCAUGUCUGUCUGCGCCAUCUUUCCAUUUACAUAAGUAUUCAGACCCUGCUUGGCACACCUGUAUUUGGGGAGUUUCUUUCAUUCUUCUCUGCAGAUCCUCUCAAGCUCUGUCAGGAUGGAUGGGGAGCGUCGCUGCGCAGCUAUUUUCAGGAGUAUAGUGCCUUCGGAAGCUAUUCAGACCCCUUGACCUUUUCCACAUUUUGAUACGUUACAGCCUUAUUCUAAAAUUGAUUAAAUAAAUCAAUUUCCUCAGCAAUCUACACACAAUACCCCAUAAUGACAAAGCGAAAACAGAUUUUUGGAAAUGUUUGCUAAUGUAUUAAAAACAAAAAACAGAAAUACCUUAUUUACAUAAGUAGUCAGACCCUUUGCAAUGACACUCGAAAUUGAGCUCAGGUGCAUCCUGUUUCCAUUGAUCAUCCUUGAGAUGAUUCUACAACUUGAUUUGAGUCCACCUGUGGUCAAUUCAAUUGAUUGGACAUGAUUUGGAAAGUCACACACCUGUCUAUACAGUGGGGAGAACAAGUAUUUGAUACACUGCCGAUUUUGCAGGGUUUCCUACUUACAAAGCAUGUAGAGGUCUGUACUUUUUAUCAUAGGUACACUUCAACUGUGAGAGACGGAAUCUAAAACAAAAAUCCAGAAAAUCACAUUGUAUGAUUUUUAAGUAAUUAAUUUGCAUUUUAUUGCAUGACAUAAGUAUUUGAUACAUCAGAAAAUCAGAACUUAAUAUUUUGUACAGAAACCUUUGUUUGCAAUUACAGAGAUCAUACGUUUCCUGUAGGUCUUGACCAGGUUUGCACACACUGCAGCAGGGAUUUUGGCCCACUCCUCCAUACAGACCUUCUCCAGAUCCUUCAGGUUUCGGGGCUGUCGCUGGGCAAUACGGACUUUCAGCUCCCUCCAAAGAUUUUCUAUUGGGUUCAGGUCUGGAGACUGGCUAGGCCACUCCAGGACCUUGAGAUGCUUCUUACGGAGCCACUCCUUAGUUGCCCUGGCUGUGUGUUUUGGGUCGUUGUCAUGCUGGAAGACCCAGCCACGACCCAUCUUCAAUGCUCUUACUGAGGGAAGGAGGUUGUCGGCCAAGAUCUCGCGAUACAUGGCCCCAUCCAUCCUCCCCUCAAUAUGGUGCAGUCGUCCUGUCCCCUUUGCAGAAAAGCAUCCCCAAAGAAUGAUGUUUCCACCUCCAUGCUUCACGGUUGGGAUGGUGUUCUUGGGGUUGUACUCAUCCUUCUUCUUCCUCCAAACACAGCGAGUGGUGUUUAGACCAAAAAGCUCUAUUUUUGUCUCAUCAGACCACAUGACCUUCUCCCAUUCCUCCUCUGGAUCAUCCAGAUGGUCAUUGGCAAACUUCAGACGGGCCUGGACAUGCGCUGGCUUGAGCAGGGGGACCUUGCGUGCGCUGCAGGAUUUUAAUCCAUGACGGCGUAGUGUGUUACUAAUGGUUUUCUUUGAGACUGUGGUCCCAGCUCUCUUCAGGUCAUUGACCAGGUCAUGCCGUGUAGUUCUGGGCUGAUCCCUCACCUUCCUCAUGAUCAUUGAUGCCCCACAAGAUGAGAUCUUGCAUGGAGCCCCAGACCGAAGGUGAUUGACCGUCAUCUUGAACUUCUUCCAUUUUCUAAUAAUUGCGCCAACAGUUGUUGCCUUCUCACCAAGCUGCUUGCCUAUUGUCCUGUAGCCCAUCCCAGCCUUGUGCAGGUCUACAAUUUUAUCCCUGAUGUCCUUACACAGCUCUCUGGUCUUGGCCAUUGUGGAGAGGUUGGAGUCUGUUUGAUUGAGUGUGUGGACAGGUGUCUUUUAUACAGGUAACAAGUUCAAACAGGUGCAGUUAAUACAGGUAAUGAGUGGAGAACAGGAGGGCUUCUUAAAUAAAAACUAACAGGUCUGUGAGAGCCGGAACUCUUACUGGUUGGUAGGUGAUCAAAUACUUAUGUCAUGCAAUAAAAUGCAAAUGAAUUACUUAAAAAUCAUACAAUGUGAUUUUCUGGAUUUUUGUUUUAGAUUCCGUCUCUCACAGUUGAAGUGUACCUAUGAUAAAAAUUAUAGACCUCUACAUGCUUUGUAAGUAGGAAAACCUGCAAAAUCGGCAGUGUAUCAAAUACUUGUUCUCUCCACUGUAUAAGGUCCCACAGUUGACAGUGCAUGUCAGAGCAAAAACCAAGCCAUGAGGUAGGGGACCAAGAACCCGAUGGUCACUCUGACAGAGCUCUAGACUUCCUCUGUGGAGAUGGGAGAACCUUCAUUAUGGGGUAUUGUGUGUAGAUUGAUGAGGGGGGAAAAAACAAUUUGAUCUAUUUUAGAAUAAGGCUGUAACCUAACAAAAUGUGGAAAAUGUCAAGGGGUCUGAAUACUUUCCGAAGGCACUGUAUACACAACCGGUCAAAAGUUUUAGAACACCUACUCAUUCAAGGGUUUUUCUUAAUUUUUACUAUUUUCUACAUUGUAGAAUAAUAGUGAAGACAUCAAAACUAUGAAAUAACACAUAUGGAAUUAUGUAGUAACCACAGAAGUAUAUAUUUUUGUAUUUGAGAUUCUUCAAAUAGCCACCAUUUGCCUUGAUCACAGCUUUGCAGGCAGACAAAUGCAUCACUGGAUAGAGAGGAAAAGUAGUACAUUGUCAACAACAGACUUGGUAUUGAGCAGAUAGUUUGGUGAUUGAUAGCAGAAUGCCUCACUGAAUGGCAAUGAUCUCUCACUGGUCUGUUUCAUCUCGUGUCUGUCCUUGACAAUUAGACUGUCUUUGUUACUCUCCCACAGUAGCAUGUGCAUGCACACUCAUGUGCAUGUCUCACUCUAACACACACACACACACACACACACACAUACAUAAAUACAUAUCCUCUCAAUAUACUUAUUACAGACUAUGCUAAAACCCUACACCCCAACCCGAGUACUCUGUUCUGCCACCUGUUCUCUUAGCCCUAGUGGAUGGCAGCUCCUGCUCAGUCCAGUCAAAGCUCUUUUCUGUCCUGGCACCCCAAUGGUGGAACCAGCUCCUGCCCAUCUUCGGGAAACAUCUGAAACCCUACCUCUUCAAAUAGUAUCUUAAAUAUUCGCACAGCACCCCCCCUCGCACCCCCUCCUCAGCAUCUGCUAAAUGACUAAAAUGUAAACGUUAAGAAGUUACAUACAAAUUAGGUGAUCAAAUGGAUGGGGUAACAAACUCCUUCCACCUUUUAUUAUCGAUGACAGAGCUGUAAUAGUGAAAGUACUGAGUUGACUGAUUGUCUGUACUGUGUGUGUUCCAGCUGGCCAGACACAGCAAGUUCCUGCAGCAGAGCUUGAGGCCGCCAGCGGCGGGACUACUGCUGAACGAUGACACGGAGGGAGACGCCGCCCUCGGUUACUAUGCCAACCACACCGCUCAGAUCGAGGUAGACCUCAUCCGGACAGUCUUCAUCCUAUUAUCCCAACCCAGUGGCUAAAACUGGUUGAAAUUACAUCAUAUUGCUGUUCUUUCAACCAGUUGUUGGUUGUAAUGACACCAAUUCAUCCAGUUUUGCUCGCUGGAAAGCUACAGGCCUCUUCUGCUCUUUUUUUUGCUAUUUGAUGCUAUAACAGGCUAUUAGAUAAUAUACCCCUGACAGUACAGCUACUUCUGUACCUGGUCUUAGGGGUAUCAUAUUUUUCUGACUCUUUGGUGGCUUAAUCAGCACUGAAUCCAAAAGGGUUAUGUAAUGCUAGCAAGUGUACAUGUCAGUAGAUAACCAGGGGUAAUGUCUAUGAUUUAGUGACUGUGGUCUAAACGUCUACUGUUUGUCCGAUUGAUGCUAGAACAUGCUAUAGAUAUACCCCUGAAAGUACAGCUACUUUUGUUCUUGGUCUUAGGGGUAUCAUAUCAUGUUCUUUCCUCAGAUUGUGCGUCACGACCGCUCCAUGGAGCAGAUAGUUUUUCCGGUGCCCAACAUCUGUGAGUACCUGACAGAGGAGUCCAAGAUGCGCGUGUUCACUACAACCGAGAGGGAUGACCAGGGCAGCAAGGUCAACGACUUCUUCACGCAGUUUGACGACCUCUACAACGAGAUGCGCUGGCAGAAGAAGAUACGCAGUAAGAUACAAAGUUUUACACGGAUUAACAAUGCUAGUGGUGAAAUAAUGGCUACAUUGUGAUACAGUGACAUUAACCAGUUGUCCCGUGUCUCUGUAGAUAACCUGGCUCUGUUCUGGUUCUCUCGGCACAUCUCUCUGUGGGGAAGCAUCUCUUUCUACCUGGCCGUUCUAGUCAACGUGGCCGUGGCUCUCUUCUACCCCUUUGGAGAUGACGGAGAUGAAGGUGAGAUGUCCUACUGGCAUAAAGCAGGGUCUUAUUCAUAAGGGACAGUUCGAAAUUUACUGGGUUAGGGGAUCUGGUCCAAAAUAUUUCCCUGAUUUUACAUUUGCUAUUUUGCAGGUUUUACUAUAUAAUGUCUUCUGCUUGCAUGUGCCUCCCCUAUCAAGGUGUUUUUGUACACUUUUCCGCACGCUUAAUAUACCACAGGUCAAUAUAGUCUACCAGUCAACGGUCUAUCCUGCCCUCAAUUCAUAGUGACAAUAGUGGUAGUUGGAUUGUUUGUUCAGACCUGCAAUAGGUUAACUAGCAAUCAUACCAAACAUAAAAUAAUUCAAAUCUGCACCAAUUUUCUAUAUAAAUCCAGAAGAUGGAGGAAUAGCUGAUAGGCAGUGGAGAGGUUUGGUGCGUCAUUGCGCUUGAAAUAACAGUGAAGACACGCAGCUCAAAAAGCUCCCUUAUUGAUCUUGUUUUAGGGUCAAUAAAAUUAUCCUACAACACCACAAUCCAAUGAGUAAUUGCAUAAUUGUAUUCUAGUGAGUACUAUUGAGCACAAUUCUACUCUAGUCUGUAAACUGCAGUGAAAAUGUCAUCUGAAUAAUGUCUCAAAAGCCCUGUUAUUUGAAUGUUUGAUUCCAUUCAUUCCAUUUGGAUCAGCUGUGGGUCUGUUCUCGACAGGUUACAGAAAGGCACAGUAGCAGGCCAGUCUGGCUGUAUUUUUACUUCUGAUACUGAUGCGCUGUCUGUUGCCGAUCAUCAUUCUCCCAAGUCGUCCUAUAUAGUGUGGUCACAUAGGCCUAUGCUCCCAGCAGGCCCAGUUUUUCUGGCCUCCUUUCCGAUCCGAGCAGCUAUUCCUCGACCUAGAACCUAACACUUCAAUAUAGGCAAAAUAUUUGUCAUUUAACUUUUUUAAUGUAUUCCCUUUUGUGUGUGGCAUAAACACAACUAAUUACAAUGUUUUAAUCUGAUUAGACUACUUCAAAGGUCUCAUGUAGGCUAUGUGUGCAUGUUCAUCCACUCCACUGUAAUUUCAGCAUCCAAACUGUGCAACCGCCAAAACCAUGCUGAAGUGGUAAAGUCGAUAUCCACCUUUAUAAACACAGGGUUGCUACAGUUUCAAAAAAAAUACAGUACAAGAGAAGGGUCAAGUGAAAAGAUUUUUUGCGUUGGUGAGGGGGGUGCAUUUUUAUUUCAAACUGUCCCUUAGGGCACAUGAUAGCAAAAACGUUUUCAAGCGGAACACGAAAACAAGCAUUUCUUAUUGCAUAAGUUUAGGUAGUCCCUACUUGUUUUUGGUCUGUUUUCUUCCGUUUGAUGCCUAAUAACCACGACACAGUAGUUCCCAAAUGGUCCCAAGUGGCUUUGGAAUCCACUAGUGAGUUAGACAGUUUCUCUUAGGUGAAGACUAAAGCCUGGAUUGUGGCUGGAAACAUGACUGUUCAUUUCAUGGUAGUAAUAGAGAAAUCUGAAGGCUUUAGGUAGAUCACGAUGCAAAAAGUUAAGCAAGGAAGGAAAGUCCCAAUCUUGUAUGGCGAAUGCUGUGUGACCAUGUGCGUGAUAAUCACAGUAAAUGUUGGUUAAUGUGCUAAGGAGACAGUGUUUAAGAGAUGCACAAGGUCAGUGGUUUGGAUAUCACCAGUCUUCCCUUUGGGCCAUUGUUUGACGUUCUCCACUAUUGUGACUGUCUCUCGAGAGGCUGAGAACCUAGAGUGUUGUGCCAAGUGCAAGCCUGGUCCCAGAUCUGUUUGUGCGUUCUUGCCAGUUGGUAUUUCCCACUUAGCUAUAGCCUUGUCCCCAACUGGCAAGACAGCACAAACAGACCAGGCUAUAAUGAAGCACUCGGCUCUGUUGCAUGAUACAUGAACCCAAAUGCUUCAAAUGCCACCUCUCUGAACAGUGUGAAUGUCUUCAUCUGUAUUUGUUGUUGAUUUUUGUUUGUUUACUCCGUCCCCAGGCAUCCUGCCCCCCUUUGUGUCCAUCCUGCUGUGGGUGGCGUUGGUGGUGUGCACCGCCAUGCUCUUCAUCCUGCCCAAACCAGGGAGUGUCCGGCCCUUCCUGGUCUCUGUCAUACUGCGCUCUAUUUACACACUGGGCCUGGGCCCGACCCUGCUGCUACUGGGGGCCGCCAAUGUAAGCAAAGUCAACUACGGACAAGAUUAUUUUAAGUAAAUGUAUAGUGUAAUACUAACAACUCCUGUUUUGUCAUCUCAGCGUCGUCAUCUAUUGAAGCCAUCUUUCAGUCCUCCUCUUUCCUCUCCUCUCUCCAGCUCCUAAAUAAGAUGGUGUUCCUGGUGAGCUUCGUGGGCAACCAGGGGACGUUCACGCGGGGCUACAAGGCGGUGGUCAUGGACAUGCCCUUCCUCUACCACGUGGGCUAUGUUAUCGUCUGUAUGCUGGGCCUCUUCGUCCACGAGUUCUUCUACAGCUUCCUGGUUAGUGGUAACAAUCUCUGCAGCAUUUCACUUAAAAAAUACAAUAACUUUAUAUUAUUGUUACUCAUUUAUCAUUUAAAAAAUCAAUUCAAUUCAAUGAACUGGAUUCAUUGAACUUGAAAGUACUUGGUUAUUAUUCGGAAAACAUAAAAUGGACGUUUGACAGUGACCUUGAUUAAGUCUGGAUCUUUCUUGGUGCCAUGUGAUGCGGGCAGGUGGUUAUAGUGUGGUUCCAUCAUUUAGAUUCAUGGUCUCCUUGUUCCUCCACUUGAACCAGGUUUUUAAGACACAGCUGCAGUUGCAGAAAGCCACAUCCUCUCCUACUUUUGCUAUUGCAGCUUGGUAGUUAUGUGAUGUCUGGUUCCUUUACAGCUCUCCUAAAGCUGUGUGUGUCCAUGUGUGUGCCUGUGUCUGCAUCUGUCUGACUGUGUGUCUGUCCCCCCCAGCUUUUUGACCUGCUGAACCGCGAGGAGACCCUGCUGAACGUGAUCAAGAGCGUGACACGUAAUGGGCGCUCCAUCGUCCUCACGGCUGUGCUGGCCCUCAUUCUGGUCUACCUCUUCUCCAUCGUGGGCUUCCUCUUCCUCAAGGACGACUUCCUCAUGGACGUGCAACGUCUGCCAGGUCAGUACCCAUAGACGCCCCCUCGUCGUCAGCCCACAGCCACCCCCACCUCACUUCCUUGGCCUCUACAGUCGUGGUCAAAAGUUUUGAGAAUGACACAAGUAUUGGUCUUCACAAAGUUCGCUGCUUCAGUGUUAUGAGAUAUUUUUGUCAGAUGUUACUAUGGUAUAUUGAAGUAUAAUUACAAGCAUUCCAUAAGUGUCAAAGGCUUUUAUUGACAAUUACUUCUUUUUCAAGACCUCUGCAAUCCGCCCUGGCAUUCUGUCAAUUAACUUCUGGGCCACAUCCUGACUGAUGGCAGCCCAUUCUUGCAUAAUCAAUGCUUGGAGUUUGUCCAAAUUUUGUUUGUCCACCCGCCUUUUGAGGAUCGACCACAAGUUCUCAAUGGGAUUAAGGUCUGGCGAGUUUCCUGGCCAUGGAACAAAACAUCCAAAAUGUGGAUGUUUUGUUCCCCGAGCCACUUAGUUAUCACUUUUGCCUUAUGGCAAGGUGCUCCAUCAUGCUGGAAAAGGCAUUGUUUGUCACCAAAAUGUUAUUGGAUGGUUGGGAGAAGUUGCUCUCGGAUGAUGUGUUGGUACCAUUCUUUAUUCAUGGCUUUGUUCUUAGGCAAAAUUGUGAGUGAGCCCACUCCCUUGGCUGAGAAGCAAUUUACACAUGAAUGGUCUCAGGAUGCUUUACUGUUGGCAUGACACAGGACUGAUGGUAGCGCUCACCUUGUCUUCUCCGGACAAGGUGUUUUCCGGAUGGCCCAAACAAUCGGAAAGGGAAUUCAUCAGAGAAAAUGACUUUACCCCAGUCCUCAGCAGUCCAAUCCCUGUACCUUUUGCAGAAUAUCAGUCUGUCCCUGAUGUUUUUCCUGGAGAGAAGUGGCUUCUUUGCUGCCCUUCUUGACACCAGGCCAUCCUCCAAAGUCUUCGUCUCACUGUGCGUGCAGAUGCACUCACACCUGCCUGCUGCCAUUCUUGAGCAAGCUCUGCACUGGUGGUGCCCCGAUCCCGCAGCUGAAUGAACUUUAGGAGACGGUCCUGGCGCUUGCUGGACUUUCUUGGGCGCCCUGAUGCCUUCUUCACAACAAUUGAACCUCUCUCCUUGAAGUUCCGAUAAAUGGUUGAUUUAGGUGCAAUCUUACUAGUGUAACAGUGUUGCUUCCGUCCCUCUCCUCGCCCCUACCUGGGCUUGAACCAGGGACCCUCUGCACACAUCGACAACAGUCACCCUCGAAGCACCGUUACCCGUCGCUCCACAAAAGCCGCGGCUCAGCUCGAGUGACGUCACCGAUUGAAACGCUACUAGUGCGGACCGCUAACUAGCUAGCCAUUUCACACUGGUUACACUAGCAGCAAUAUCCUUGCCUGUGAAGCCCUUUUUGUGCAAAGCAAUGAUGACGGCACAUGUUUCCUUGCAGGUAACCAUGGUUAACAGAGGAAGAACAAUGAUUUCAAGCACCACCCUCCUUUUAAAGCUUCCAGUCUGUUAUUCUAACUCAAUCAACAUGACAGAGUGAUCUCCAGCCUUGUCCUCGUCAACACUCUCACCUGUGUUAACGAGAGAAUCACUGACAUGAUGGCAGCUGGUCCAUUUUUGGCAGGGCUGAAAUGCAGUGGAUAUGUUUUUGGGGGAUUAAGUUCAUAUUCAUGGCAAAGAGGGACAUUGCAAAUUAAUUGCAAUUCAUCUGAUCACUCUUCAUGACAUUCUGGAGUAUAUGCAAAUUGCCAUCAUCAAAACUGAGGCAGCAGACUUUGUGAAAAUUAGUAUUUGUGUAAUUCUCAAAACUUUUGACCAUGACUGUAUACUUUACCCUAGGUCUCUGCACUUUAACCCCUAGUUCAAUUAGUACCGGUACCCAAUGUUCCUCAACCCCUAUAUUACCCUAGGUCUCUGACCGUUUACUCAGCUCUGUCGUCCCCGUGCUCCCCCGCACUACCCCACCCACCUCAGCCUGUCCUGCUGAUCGCUGAUAUUGUCACUGCUCAGUGGAAGGUCCAUGAUCUCUGAUGUUUUCCCCGAACACCUCUUACACUGGACUGUGGCCACAUAGUCUCCCCAUUAGGCCUGCCACCCACCCACACCUAACCGUCCCCCGUCAAUACCCACACCUGACUGGCUGACUGGCCAAUUCUAUGUCCCUCGAUCAUGAGAACUUCCUCAUACAGCCAGUAUACAACCUGACCACAAACUAAUAAUGACGUCAGUGCAAUCCAUUUUGCCCACUGGGUAGUAGGGCUGGGCGAUAUAUCGAAUGAAUUCAAUUUAUUCAAAUAUUUUUUUUUGCGCGAUAUUCCAAAUGCCUGAAUCACAGAAUCUAGGUUAUUUUUAUUUUUCGUUUUUAUGAGUGUUUAUGUCUGCUUGUUCUCAUGUUGUCUUUUUGGUCUCGUUCGCUCCUUCUGUGCUGUGCACCUUCCCAUUUACGCCAGAGAUCUGUAUAUAAUGACGAGAUGCUCAUGUCUCCACCCUAACAAUGGGAGUCGUUGUCCCAAAGGCGGGAAGGCAGGCGACAAGCUUAGGUUGAAAAUAAGCGCAUAGAAACACAUUAGGCUUAUUUUGGACAGAUUUUAGCGAGAGUGAAACCUCUCGCUUUGCCUCUUUCUCUGUGGUUUACAUACAGUGAGGGAAAAAAGUAUUUGAUCCCCUGCUGAUUUUGUACGUUUGCCCACUGACAAAGACAUGAUCAGUCUAUAAUUUUAAUGGUAGGUUUAUUUGAACAUUGAGAGACAGACUUAGUACUUGGUGGCAAAACCCUUGUUGGCAAUCACAGAGGUCAGACGUAUCUUGUAGUUGGCCACCAGGUUUGCACACAUCUCAGGAGGGAUUUUGUUCCACUCCUCUUUGCAGAACUUCUCCAAGUCAUUAAGGUUUCGAGGCUAAAAAAGGCUAAAAAAAAAAAGCAGACAUUGAAUAUCCCUUUGAGCAUGGUGAAAUUAUUAAUUACACUAUGUCAUCACACCCAGUCACUAAAAAUAUAUAGGUGUCUUUCCUAACUCAGUUGCCAGAGAGGAAGGAAACCGCUCAGGGAUUUCACCAUGAGGCCAAUGGUGACUUUAACAUUUACAUUUUAGUCAUUUAGCCGACGCUCUUAUCCAGAGCGACUUACAGGAGCAAUUAGGGUUAACUGCCUUGCUUAAGGGCACAUCGACAGAUUUUUCACCUAGUCGGCUCGGGGAUUAGAACCAGCGACCUUUCAGUUACUGGCACAACCCUCUUACCCACUAAGCUACCUGCCGCCCUUUAAAACGGUUACAGAGUUUAAUGGCUGUGAUAGGAAAAAACUGAAGAUGGAUCAACAACAUUGUAGUUACUCCACAAUACUAACCUAAAUGACAGAGUGAAAAGAAGGAAGCCUUGUACAGAAUACAAAUAUUCCAAAACAUGCAAUAUGGCACGAAAGUAAAACUGCAAAAAAUGUGCCAAGAAAUUAACUUUAUGUCCUGAAUACAAAUCGUUAUGUUUGGGGCAAAUCCAACACAUCACUGAAUACCACUCUUCAUAUUUUCAAGCAUGGUGGCAGCGUCAUGUUAUAUGGGUAUGCUUAUCAUUGGCAAUGGAGUUUUUUAGGAUAAAAAUAAACCAAAUAGAGCUAAGCACAUGCAAAAUCCUAAAGGAAAACCUGGUUCAGUCUGCUUUCCAACAGACACUGGGAGAUGAAUUCACCUUUCAGCAGGACAAUAACCUAAAACACAAGGCCAAAUAUACACUAGAGCUGCUUACCAAGAUGGCAUUGAAUGUUCCUGAGUGGCCUAGUUACAGUUUAGACUUAAAUCGGCGUAUAAAUCUAUGCGACUUCAAAAUGUCUUUCUAGCAAUGAUCAACAACCAACUUGACAGAGCUUGAAGAAUAAAACAUAUAUAUAAUGUGCAAUCCAGAUGUGCAAAGCUCUUAGAGACUUACCCAGAAAGACUCACAGCUGUAAUCGUUACCAAAGGUGAUUCUAACAUGUAUUGACUCAGGGGUGUGAAUACUUAAGUAGUCCUUUAAAGUAUUUUUACUUAAGUUGUUUUUAGGGAGAUCUGUACUUUACUUUACUAUUUGUAUUUUUGACAGGUUUUACUUUUACUCGACUACAUUCCUAAAGAAAAUCAUAUACUUUUUACUCCAUCCAUUUUCCUUGACACCCAAAGUUACUCGUUACAUUUUGAAUGCUUAGCAGGACAGGAAAAUUGUCAGAUUCACGCACUUAUCAAGACAACAUCCCUGGUCAUCGCUACUGCCUCUGAUCUGGCGGACUCACUAAACUCAAACGCUUCAUUUGGGUUCUUUUUCCACAUUUCUUAAAACACGUUUUCACUUAGUCCUUAUGGGGUAUUGUGUGUAGAUGGGUGCGACCAACAAUCACAAGGCACUGUACGUCAAUACAUCUUUGCAUGCAGAAUGGAUAGCCUAUGCCAUUGCUCACUUCCCCAUUUGGCUAUGUGUGUGAGAGCUUUCCAGAGCAUGUGUGCAUGCAUGCGAGAGUGUGGGCGUGUGUAUGUGCUCUUGCGCAGCGCUCGGGCGGUCAGAGGGAGAGAACCUGCCAGCACAUGUGCACCUGUUGCAUAAUCUGGAGCAGUGGCUGUGCAGCGCAGCACUCUCUUAUGUAACCGGCUGGGCUGGGGGGUGGGUGAAUGUGUGUGUCUCUGUCUGUGGGCUGAGCUGUCUGAGGGCACUGCAAUUCUUAGUGCACAUUUCGAUAAAUGAAAAAGACCUAGCUAAAAGACAGUCAACAGGGCUGAGAUGGGUAUAAACUAAAAUCUCUUACGCAAAAAACGAGCUCCAGGCAUGGACCCUAGACCGAAUUGGUUGUCACAAAGUUGUCUCCAAGUCACUAUUUGUGACCAAUCAAAUUGAGAUGUUGUCACAAGUGGCCAUGUUUACGUGCACACCAAUAUCCCGUUAUUAUUCGGGAUACUCAAUUAUUCUGUUUUUGAGUUGAUGCAUAUAAACAUCAUAUCCCAUUUUACAAUAACCCGAAAAAGCUUGUGUCCCGGUUAUGAGAAACCCGGAUAAGAUGCCUGGGAUAUUCUGAUCUUCGAUUGGAUACUGUGGCAUGUGAACAUCUUAUCCCGUUUACUGUUGUUUUUUGCGGUCAGUUUCACGCAUAUCAUGGGUGUUGUGUGAUGUUUUCAUCUGAUUGUCAAACAUCACUUUAAAAAGUGCGCUAUACCUGCACAGUUCGAUCCACCAUAAUAUUUCCAUAAUAAUGUAUUUUGCUGAUACUCCGUACUGGACCAUAUAGCCUACUGGCUCAGGCUACUUUCACCCCUAAUUUAGAUACGUUUCUGCUUAUAAUUUCCAACAUUUGGUAGGCCAUAUUUUAAUUCAGGCCAUUUGUUUGUCGACUAUAGUUAGAUACAUGCAGCUUCUCUUCUGUUAUAACUUGUUGCCCUGGAAGACUAAAUACGCUAGUGUUCACCAAAAUAAUGUCUUACAUUGAUAGAAUGAAUGCAUUAGUUAUCUAGUUAACAACAGGAAAGUUGUCUGUUUCGUUUAGGGACCGGGGAGAAAACGCAAUAACUUCAAAACAGUGGACAGAUUGUUCCUGUGCAAAAUUUCCAAAUACCAACAGUUUGACCGGUUUUACGGAAAUGAAAAGCUGAGAAAAUGGUGAAACACGUUUCUGAUUAGACUUCAGUUGGUCUUGGGUGCAUAUUAUACAGUACAUUUGGAAAGUAUUCAGACCCCUUGACUUUUUCCACAUUUUGUUACGUUACUGCCUUAUUCUAAAAUUGAUUAAAUAGUUUUUUCCCCUUGUCAAUCUACACACAAUACCCCAUAAUGAAAAAGAAAAAAAUGGUUUUUAGAAAUUUUAGCAAAUGUAUACAAAAUAUAUAACUGAAAUAUUACAUUGACUUAAGUAUUCAGACCCUUUACUCUUUGUUGAAGCACCUUUGGCAGCGAUUACAGCCUCAAGUCUUCUUGACGCUACAAGCUUGGCACACCUGUAUUUGGGGAGUUUCUCCCAUUCUUCUCUGCAGAUCCUCUCAAGCUCUGUCAGGUUGGAUGGGGAGCGUCGCUGCACAGCUAUUUUCAGGUCUCUCCAGAGAUGUUUGAUUGGGUUCAUGUCCGGGCUCUGGCUGGGCCACUCAAGGACAUUCAGAGACUUGUCCCGAAGCCACUCCUGUGUUGUCUUGGCUAUGUGCUUAGGGUCAUUGUCCUGUUGGAAGCUGAACCUUCACCCCAGUCUGAGGUCCUGAGCGGUCUGGAGCAGGUUUUCAUCAAGGAUCUCUCUGUACUUUGCUCCUUUCAUCUUUCCCUCAAUCCUGACUAGUCUCCCAGUCCCUGCCGCUGAAAAACAUCCCCACAUCAUGAUGCUUCCAACACCAUGCUUCACCGUAGGGAUGGUGCCAGGUUUCAUCCAAACCUGACGCUUGGCAUUCAGGCCAAAGAGUUCAAUCUUGGUUUCAUCAGACCAGAGAAUCUUAUUUCUCAUGGUCUGAGAGUCUUUAGGUGCCUUUUGGCAAACUCCAGACUUCCGUCUGGCCACUCUACCAUAAAGGCCUGAUUGGUGGAGUGCUGCAGAGAUGUUUUUCCUUCUGGAAGAUUCUCCCAUCUCCACAGAGGAACUCUGGAGCUCUGUCAGAGUGACCAUCGGGUUCUUGGUCACCUCCCUGACCAAGGCCCUUCUCCCCAGAUUGCUCAGUUUGGCUGGGCGGCCAGCUCUAGGAAGAGUCUUGGUGGUUCCAAACUUCUUCCAUUUAAGAAUGAUGGAGGCCACCGUGUUCUUGGGGACCUUCAAUGCUGCAGACAUUUUUUGUUACCCUUCCCCAGAGCUGUGUCUCGACACAAUCCUUUCUCGGAGCUCUACGGACAAUUCCUUCGACCUCAUGGCUUGGUUUUUGCUCUGACAUGCACUGUCAACUGUGGGACCUUAUAUAGACAGGUGUGUGCCUUUCCAAGUCAUGUCCAAUCAAUUGAAUUUACCACAGGUGGACUCCAAUCAAGUUGUAGAAACAUCUCAAGGAUGAUCAAUGGAAACAGGAUGCACCUGAGCUCAAUUUUGAGUCUCAUAGCAAAGGGUCUGAAUACUUAUGUAAAUAAGGUAUUUCUGUUUUUGUAGUUUUAUAAAUGUGCCAACAUUUCUUCAAAACUGUUUUUGCUUUGUCAUUAUGGGGUAUUGUGUGUAGAUUGAUGAGCAAAUCAAUUUUAGAAUAAGGCUGUAAUGUAACAAUGUGGAAAAAGUCAAGGGGUCUGAAUACUUUCCGAAUGCACUGUAUGUGGUUGAAAUACUGUCUGCUUGCGUAACAGUCUCAAAGAUAACACUGUACACGUGCAUUCACAUUUUCUCAAGAGAUUUUCAAAGAAAUAAAUCAGAUUUCUCCACUCCUGUUCCCAGGACAAAAUUAACAUUUGUAUCAUUUUACUGCAAGAAAUGCAUAAUUCUGCAGGAGUUAAUAUUAUAUUAGGCUACAUGUGAGAGGUUAUUCGCCUACAGUCAGUGUCUAGAUUUCAGUUACUAUUCCAGUUAAGCCAUAUGAACUUCAAUUAGGAAGAUUCUGUUUAUUCAUAGAUACAGGGAUACACGUGAGCGGGAUAUCAAAGGUGCAUGUAAGCAGCUUAUCACGAAUAAGACCUUAAGCGGGAUAUGAGCUACUAUCCCGAAUACUGUGUGCAUGUAAACGUGGUCAAUGUCAUAACCAACCUUCUCACAACUUAUUUGCAAUGUUGUGACAACGUUAUGUUUUAGUAGUGGAGAGGAGAGGGGAGCACCCUGCCAUAGCUCCCCAGCUUCCCUACUCCCUGUUAUGGUCUCAAUGGUCCCUGGUCGUGACUCUCCAGCCCAGGCGUGGGCCUCCUCUCUCUGCCUGUCUCUCUCAUUAUCACGGUCAAACACUGUUGAGAAGGAUAUGAAGAGCCUGUUGAAAUGUCAUUAGUAUUACCAAACACACACAGCCACCAGCCUGCAUCUGCUGUUAUGCUCUGGAUACGCAACUACAGCUAAUGUGAUUCAUGUUGGCUGGUUAUGAAUAGACAACAGGUCUAUCCUCCAUGACAAAAGGGGAAUGUCCACUCCCUGUUUGGGUGCAACCUUUUAAUAAAGUUUAUAGAUGAUGAAAUGUUGAUGAGAACCUUCAAGCGUAUUUUCUCUAGUAACCUGUGCAAAAUAAUUUCUGUAUACAGUCCUAUUCUUUUUUUUGUGUCAUCAUUCAGUUGAACUUGCUUAUUUUCCUGCUUUUAGGGAAACUGGAAACACUAAAAGAUGGCCGAGCUCCCUCCGACAAGUGUUUAAAAGACGGCUGCCCGGACUCCAUACCCACGUCUGUCACCAGUAAGUUAUUAUCACCAAACUAAGCCACAAGUCUCUAAAAUGACCCACUUAAAUGGUAUUCUCCCCUUGUCUCAUUAACAUUUUCCUCUGUGUAAAAGUGACAAUGCUGCAGAGGCUUUGGAACUCUCCAUGUCAUUUACUUUUAGCCAACUAAAGAAGCUGUGUGUGUAGCCUGGGCAGGUCUGGGCAGGUCUAGGUCUGGGCAGGUCUAGGUCUGGGCAGGUCUAGGUCUGGGCAGGUCUAGGUCUGGGCAGGUCUAGGUCUGGGCAGGUCUAGCGGUCUAUAGCCGCUGCCUCGGGAGCACAUGUACUAAGGACCGUUGCCAACAUGGGUUGGAAUCCGGCCCACUGCUCUUUCAGCACUUUCUCCCCUACUUUUCACCUCUAUCGCUCUCUGUCCAAAAACAUGCAAAAUAUACAGUACCAGUCAAAAGUUUGGACACACUUACUCAUUCCAGGGUUUUUCUUUCUUUUUACUAUUUUCUACGUUGUAGAAUAAUAGUGAGACACCAAAACUAUAACAUAACACAUAUGGAAUCAUGUAGUAACCAAAAAAGUGUUAAACAAAUCAAAAUAUAUUUUAGAUUUGAGAUUCUUCAAAGUAGCCACCCCUUGCCUUGAUGACAGCUUUACACACUCUUGGCAUUCUCUCAACCAGCUUCAUGACGUAGUCUCCUGGAAUGCAUUUCAAUUAACAGGUGUGCCUUGUUAAAAGUUAAUUUGUGGGAUUUCUUUCCUUCUUAAUGCAUUUGAGCCAAUCAGUUGUGUUGUGACAAGGUAGGGGUGGUAUACAGAAGAUAACCCUGUUUGGUAAAAGACCAAGUCCAUAUUAUGGCAAGAACAGCUCAUAUAAGCAAAGAGAAAUGACAGUCCGUCAUUACUUUAAGACAUGAAGGUCAGUCAAUCCGGAACAUUUCAAGAACUUUGAACGUUUCUUCAAGUGCAGUCGCAAAAACCAUCAAGCGCUAUGAUGAAACUGGCUCUCAUGAGGACCGCCACAGGAAAGGAAGACCCAGAGUUACCUCUGCUGCAGAGGAUAAGUUCAUUAGAGUUAACUGCACCUCAGAUUGCAGCCCAAAUAAAUACUUCACAGAGUUCAAGUCACAGACACAUCUCAACGCAGAGUAGGUGAACAGAGUAGGUGAACAGAUGAUCGCCGCAUGUGUGGUUCCCACCAUGAAGCAUGGAGGAGGCGGUGUGAUUGUGUGGGGAUGCUUUGCUGGUGACACUGUCUGUUAUUUAUUUAGAAUUCAAGGCACACUUAACCAGCAUGGCUACUACAGCAUUCUGCAGCGAUACGCCAUCCCAUCUGGUUUGCGCUUAGUCAGACUAUCAUUUGUUUUUCAACAGCACAAUGACCCAACACACCUCCAGGCUGUGUAAGAGCUAUUUGACCAAGAAGGAGAAUGAUGCAGUGUUGCAUCAGGUGACCUGGCCUCCACAAUCACCCGACCUCAACCCAAUUGAGAUGGUUUGGGAUGAGUUGGACCGUGGAGUGAAGGAAAAGCAGCCAACAAGUGCUCAGCAUAUGUGGGAGCUCCUUCCAGACUGUUGGAAAAGCAUUCCAGGUGAAGCUGGUUGAGAGAAUGCCAAGAGUGUGCAAAGCUGUCAUCAAGGCAAAGGGUGGCUGCUUUGAAGAAUCUCAAAUAUAACAUAUUUUUAUUUGUUUAACACUUUUUUUGUUACUACAUGAUUCCAUAUGUGUUAUUUCAUAGUUGUGAUGUCUUCACUAUUAUUCUACAAUUAGAAAAUAAUAAAAAAUUAACAAAAUUCCUUGAAUGAGUAGGUGUGUCCAAACCUUUGGCUGGUACUGUAUUAUUAUUUUUUUAGGCCAUGUGACAUGAACAGCCAACCACUUGUCCUUAUCAUGAAUGCUUUAUCUAACAGCAUUUGGCACAUGUGCACAUGGAGCCCCAGACUCAAUAGGACUCAUUUCCUGUGACAGUGGUUUCUAAUCAGACCUUGGCUAGUUCAGUCAGUUCUCAGUCCUUAGCAUUCAGUAGCCCUCUAGGUGUGUACUUGUUCUGGGAGCUGUGUAAAUGUGAAGUGUUGGCUACCUCUCCAGUCAGUUAGCCUAUGGAAGGUUCCACACUGAGGCAUUGGCUGAGGAAGGGUGUUGAGAUAUAAGGUGUUAGUGGCAGGACGUUAAAGCAGCAUCCUGGAAAGGGAGAAGCAGAGGGGAUGACUCAUCGUACUCAUCUUUGUUCUCCAGCCCAGUGUUUGUCCAUGGAUCACAAGCACUUCAGGGGCCUCUACACGUGACCUAACCCACUCCUCUUUCCAUGCUAUUUCUAUCCCUCCAUCUCUGGCUAUUUUUUCAGCCUCUCAAUCUCUCUCUUGCUUUUUUCUUUACACCCCCCUCCCUCUAUUUCUUUCAUUUUUUUUCUGUCACGUAGAGGGGUCACAUCAUCCCAUGUGUUCCUUUGUUUAAACUCUUUCAUCCUGUGUUGAAGUCCCACAUCUACUAUUGUGAAGGGAUUUCAACCUGUGCAGGUUUUAGAAUUUUGUCAGAAUGUUUUUUAAUUAUAAAUGUGUCACUCAUUGUCAGGAAGAUCUAGGACACUACCACCUUUGUUGUGUACAUCUAUCAUUAGUUUCGUACACACAUAUACAUACCUCAUGGCUGAAUGUUUUGCUGUGUGUGUGUGUCCAGUGAUGGUGGGGGGGGACGAUGGGACGGAGCGUGUGUGUGACACUCUGCUCAUGUGUAUCGUGACGGUGCUGAACCAGGGCCUGAGGAACGGAGGGGGAGUGGGAGACGUGCUGAGGAAGCCUUCCAAAGACGUGAGUGACAUGGUCCAAUCAAACAAUCAAUCUGUAUAUCAAUGAACCAGUCAGCCAGUAAUUGAUGGAUGGGGGGGAUGGAUUGACUGUUUGUUUUACAAAAAAUAUAGAAAACAAAAGGCCAUCAACUCUUUUUCAUAAUGAUGGUGAUGGCAAUUAUAAUUAUAACGAUGUUAUUAAUUGGGAUGAUGAUUAUGACGAUGCUGAGUAUGAUGACUUGUAUAGUGAUACAACUUUUCAUGAUGAUGAUGCUGAUGAAAUCACUUUUUCAUUGUUUCUUACCGGUCCACUCAUUAACCAGGAUCCUCUGUUUGCGGCCCGUGUGGUGUAUGACCUACUGUUCUUCUUCAUUGUCAUCAUCAUCGUCCUAAACCUGAUCUUCGGCGUCAUCAUCGAUACGUUCGCCGACCUGAGGAGCGAGAAACAGAGGAAGGAGGAGAUACUGAAGACCACCUGCUUCAUCUGUGGUGUGUACACAGCCCUACCUAUCACUUCAUAACUCCACAUAGCACUACAUAACACUAUGUAGCACUACAUAGAACUACAUGGCACUAUAGAGCAACACAAAACACUGCACAGCACUACAUAACAGUACAUAGCACUACAUAACAGUACAUAGCACUACAUAACAGUACAUAGCACUACAUAACAGCACAUAGCAUUACAUAACAGUACAUCGCACUACAUAGCAGAGAAAUACAAAUAGUACAGUUCUGUUGCUUUAUUUGUUACCCUCCUGCGCGAACUGUCAGGUUUUUUGUAUCAUCUUGAUGCAAAUUCAGUAAAUAGUGUAAUUCUACUGUACAUUUCUUGCAUAUUGCAACUUUGAUAGCAAUACUCAUUCGACUGUCUUGGAAUGUUAGAAAAAAAAUCUAACUUGCUGUACUGUGCUUGCUGCCUGUAGAUAUCAGACAUUACUAUGUGCUGUAGAUAUACAACAAGACAGGAUAGAGGCUCUAAAAUAUGGUUAAGAACACCAAAGAAACAGCAGGAUAAGACUGAAAGGUGAAGGGAAUUGGUGUAUCAGAGUGUAUAAGUAGUGUUUCACCCCUCUCAGGGUUGGAGAGGGAUAAAUUCGACAACAAGACAGUGUCAUUUGAGGAGCACAUCAGGUCGGAACACAACAUGUGGCACUACCUGUACUUCCUGGUUCUGGUGAGGGUGAAGGACCCCACGGAGUACACAGGCCCCGAGAGCUACGUGGCCCAGAUGAUCAAGGUGGGUAGUUAGUUAGCUAUCUCCUCCAUGCUCAACACGUCUUUACCUGAACACACAGGGUCUGUGUUGCAUGAUGGAAGGGUGUGUGUAUUUUAUCACCAAGGUACUGGUGAUGCAAUGAUGAGUCAGGAUUUUAUACUUGAGCCCCUAUGUUGAAUGUGAAAACAGUGUUGGAACGUUAAAAUCAGACCUCUUACACACACAAACACACAGUUUGUCCUGGCAGUGUAUAUGUAUGCAGUAGCUGUAGCGUCUCAGUGUGUGUUCCGCCUCCUCCUCUUUGUCCUCCGCAGCCAGACACAGUGUUCCAGUCUGACAGUGAACCCCCAGCCUCUGCAGCAGACUCAGCCAAAAAAAAGAGAGAAAAAAAACACCCAAAACGUGACUGAGCCACACACCCCUUCCCCCUGCCCAGCAUCAGUCUCCCUCUCUUCCCUCUUUUCUCUUCCUCUCCUUUUAAUUAUCUUCUCAGACUUGGUUAUAAAGCUACAGUGCAGUACUUCUCUCAGGUUUCACAGAAACUAGUGACUGCUACUAUGAUACUCUGACCUUCUCCCCUCUAGGGUUGUAGUAGUGUGAUACUCUGACCUUCUCCCCUCUAGGAUUGUAGUAGUGUGAUACUCUGACCUUCUCCCCUCUAGGGUUGUAGUAGUGUGAUACUCUGACCUUCUCCCCUCUAGGAUUGUAGUAGUGUGAUACUCUGACCUUCUCCCCUCUAGGGUUGUAGUAGUGUGAUACUCUGACCUUCUCCCCUCUAGGAUUGUAGUAGUGUGAUACUCUGACCUUCUCCCCUUUAGGGUUGUAGUAGUGUGAUACAGUCAUAUAAAGGGUGGAGGCAUCAGCUCACUGUAUGGUAAUGAGUGCCGCAACCUGUCUGGAAGAGAAGCAAUAAAGAGGAGCUUUUAUGUAUGGGGUAGGUAUUAUGAUGCAAUUAUAAUGCAUCGUUAGGCUUGUCAUGAGCAUGAAUAACCCCCUCAUAAUGCCUUAUAAUCAUCUCAUAAUGAUCCUGACUAAUACCAGCGAUUUUGAAUCUGUUGAAACAAAGAGAUACUUAACAUAUGAUAUGCCUUGUUAUAAGACAUUAUAAAAGCUGAUAGAUGAUUAUAACGCAUUAUAAAGCAUUAUAGCUGGAUGCUUUAAGUAAAGUCGUUUUAGAUGGUUGCCAAGAGGUUAAUGGAUUCAAACAUCAUUGUGGUGAUUUACAUGAUUACAUAAUGGGAGAUCAGGGAUGAUUGUAUAAUGAUGCAGAUUUUUGCAUAACAAAUAGUUGACAACUGAAUCUAUUUUAGGAUGUUUUAAAGAAGUGAUGCGUCCUCUUCUGACGGCCAAUCAGUAAAAGGUACUAGUGCAUGGUGAAUAUUUUUAUGUUGGGCCUAUAAGCACUGUGAUUGGCAGAAAACGACAACAGCCUGGAUUUAUAGACAAUAAUCAGUCCCGGAUCUGUAUCUCUUCUAAACAAUAUAAGAUCAAGAUCUGUGUACAUUAAGCUCUGAAAAUAUGUAUUUAAAAGUAUAUUCUGUUGACAUGUGUAUGCAGUUCUGUAGUAGACAGAACUGAAGUGCAUUGAGGAGCUGUGUUCUCUGCAGUCUGCUUUAGGUGAACACACACAGCAGUCCUGACUCAGUCUGAGGGGUGGACUAGCUAAUUAACCCACUGUCUGACCACCUCCCUCCCUCCCUCCCUCCAUGUCUGUGUGCAGAGCUGACACCUUAGGACAGCCUCACAUACGUACACGUACAUAGACACAAACACAAAACACAGUUUACAAGACUUAGAGAAUGAGUGCAUCUGGCUGUUAAGUACAGAAUGAGCAAAAGUGGAGGAUGCUGUUACGUUUGUGUGUCUGUGUGUGUUUUUUUACAUGCUUACAGUGCAUUCGGAAAGUAUUCAGACCCUUUGACUUUUUCCACAUUUUGUUACAUUACAGCCUUAUUCUAAAAUGGAUUAUUCCUCAUCAAUCUACACAAAAUACCCCAUAAUGACAAAGCGAAAACAGGUUUUUCGACAUUUUAGCAAAUAUAUUACAAUAAAAGAAAGUAACCUUAUUUACAUAAGUAUUCAGACCCUUUGCUAUGAGACUCGAAAUUGAGCAUCCUGUUUCCAUUGAUCAUCAUUGAGAUGUUUCUACAACUUGAUUGGAGCCCCCCUGUGGUAAAUUCAAAUUAUUGGACAUGAUUUGGAAAGGCACACACCUGUCUAUAUAAGGUCCCACAGCAAAAACCAAGCCAUGAGGUCGAAGACAUUGUCUGUAGAGCUCCAAGACAUGAUUGUGUUGAGGCCCAGAUCUGGGGAAGGGUGCCAAAACAUUUCUGCAGCAUUGAAGGUCCCCAAGAACACAGUGGCCUCCAUCAUUCUUAAAUGGAAGAAGUUUGGAACCACCAAGACUCUUCCUAGAGUUGGCCAAAUUGAGCAAUCGGGGGAGAAGGGCCUUGGUCAGGGAGGUGACAAAGAACCCGAUGGUCACUCUGACAGAGCUCUAGAGUUCCAGAAGCACAACCAUCUCUGCAGCAUUCCACCAAUCAGGCCUUUAUGGUAGAGUGGCCAGAUGGAAGCCACUCCUCAGUAAAAGGCACAUGACGACUGCCCGCUUGGAGUUUGCCAAAAGGCACCUAAAGGACUCUCAGACCAUGAGAAACAAGAUUCUCUGGUUUGAUGAAACCAAGAUUGAACUCUUUGGCCUGAAGGCCAAGUGUCACGUCUGGAGGAAACCUGGCACCAUCCCUACGGUGAAGCAUGGUGGUGGCAGCAUCAUGCUGUGGGGAUGGUUUUCAGCGGCAGGGACUGGGAGACUAGUCAGGAUCGAGGGAAAGAUGAAUGGAGCAAAGUACAGAGAGAUCCUUGAUGAAAACCUGCUCCAGAGCGCUCAGGAUCUCAGACUGGGGUGACAGUUCACCUUCCAACAGGACAACGACCCUAAGCACAUAGCCAAGACAGCGCAGGAGUGGGUUCGGGACAAGUCUCUGAGUGGCCUAGCCAGAGCCCGGGCUUAAACCCGAUCGAACAUCUCUGGAGAGACCUGAAAAUAGCUGUGCAUCGACACUCCCCAUCCAACCUGACAGAGCUUGAGAGGAUCUGCUGAGAAGAAUGGGAGAAACUCCACAAAUACAGGUUUGCCAAGCUUGUAUCGUCAUACCCAAGAAGACUCAAGGCUGUAAUCGCUGCCAAAGGUGCUUCAACAAAGUACUGAGUAAAGGGGCUGAAUACUUAUGCAAAUGUGAUAUUUUUUCUUUCUUUUUUUUUGUCAUUAUGGGUAUUGGGGGUAGAUUGAUAAAGAACAAAAACUAUUUAAUCAGUUUUAGAAUAAGGCUGUAAUGUAACAAAAUGUGGAAAAAGUCAAGGGGUCUGAAUAUUUUCCGAAUGCACUGUAUGUGUGCAUUUUCUGUGUGUGUGUGUGAUUAUCACAGUGAGCACAGAACCAGCAGGUGUACUGCAGCAGCAGCCACAGCUCUGUUACAUAACCCAUCUCAAGUGGCCCGCUAAUGGAUCAGCCAUGCCUGGCACGUGCUCUCCUGUCCCUUCUCUCACAUACACACACACACACACACACUCAUUAUCACGCAGCAAGUCAUUUGUCUCCUUAGCAACGUGGCCGUCACGCGUCGGUUGUCGGCGGCAACAGGAGAAAGGAAGACAAGCAUAGAGAGGGGCCUCUGAACUCAUGCUCUAUAGAGAGGCCAAAGGUCAACGUGUCCCUGUGGGGCACACAUACAACAUCACACACACACACACAAACACACACACGCAUAGUCUCUCUCUCUCUCUCUCUCUCUCUCUCUCUCUCUCUCUCUCUCUCUCUCUCUCUCACACACACACUCCUCUGAGUCAGUCAGUUUUUACCUAGGUGAGUCAAGUGGAAGGCAGCACAUCCUGUGCUACAGUACAUUUAGUACAGUCUCCAGCAGAGAUGGAUGAAUUGAACAACCUUGGUGCUCUUUCUCAAGACAGUGAUUAACACAAUCACGUGCUGCUUGCUUUUCUUAGUUUGAUAGCAGUGUAGUGGACUACAGGUCACUAGGGUUGAUUAUGGAAGUGGAUUGGUCAAAAAAUGUGAAUGCUUCCUCAGGUGAGGUGUGUGCAUGCACGUGUACCCUUAGGGGUGGUGCUAUGUCAGAGUGACUAGCCAAAUAAAGAUAGGAAAGUUGAAAUGUAAAAGGUUAGGUAAGGGUUAUGGUUAAGGUUCGGGUUUAGGGUUUAGGGUAGGGACGUCCCAAAGAUUCUGAAUAGCACUAACCAAUGAACAAAUGCCCUACAGAGGGCACCUGAACCUGACAUACUUUAGAGUAUAAUCAUGGUUCAUUAACUAGUCAUCCCUCUGAGCAGGUUGUGAGUGUGUGUCCCUAUAACUCCCCUUUAUCGGUCUGUGCCUCUCUGAUUCUCUCUCUCUCUCUCUCUCUCUCUCUAAUAUACACACUCACUCUCUCUUUCUCUCUGUGUUGCAGUGCAGUGUAGAUUCCCCUGCUAGACUCAGUGCUGCAGGCAGGAGAAACCGUACACAACUCCUCUCAAACUCAAGCCUAAAAUGGUUGUUCCCCUAGUCACUAUCAUGCUGAGUCAUGUGCUUUGUCCAUGUUCUGUUGUGUGCCUGGUGGAAAAGCUUCACAGCGAUAUGGCGACAGGCAACCACUGGAGAGCCACUGCGAGUGGUGUAGUGUGAGACUAAGUGAGGUGUCAGAAUGGUUCAGUGAAGCAAUACUGAACCCCUGACUCACCCUAAUAUACUGUACGCUGUUAUUGUUUUGGCAAGUGAUUGUGCCCAAGUUAAUUUUUACACUGUGGGGUUAUGUUGAGAAAGACUUGUUAUGUCAGAGGUAGGCUGUGAUUAUUUAUUUUAGGCCAUACACACAGCUCAAAGGUUAGUCUGUGGAAUGUACGCCUUUUUAAACAGUGUUUUUCAGCCAAAUUGGCAACAAGAGCUUACAAAACAUCAGCUGAUUGCGAUCUAUCUGUCUCACUGAACCUUAUCUUAUCUCACACACACACAUACAAAUCCACACACAAGCACACGCACAUGUCGGCGCAUAAGCACACACACACCCGCACAUAAGCAAGAAUGUAAUCAACACACAUCCGCACACAAGCACACGCAAAAGACACACACACACAGACACGCACACAAAGGAAAACCAACACGUACACACAGAUAUUGGCACAGACACACGUACACAACUUACGCCUGUUAUAUAAUGGGCCCUGUUCUCCUUUUCAAAUCCUAGUCAAUUGUUGAUCUGCAUCUGCAAUUACAACAGUGCUAUAUUCCUACUCAUUUUACUCACUGCUUCACUUGAAACACAAUGGUUAUGUGUUUGAGCUUGUGGAGGCUGAUCUGGAUUCAGUUUCUUUGAGGAGACGUACUGUACAGCUUACUGCAGUACCCAGCCAUCUGAUCUGGAGUCAGUUUGUCUGAGCAGCUCUCUCUACAGUUUACUGCAGUGGCUGGCUGUGAGACACCAGGCCUGUCUCCCAGCUCACACUCCUCUUAAGUGAGGAACUUGAACCAGUUCCCACCAAUGAUUUAUGUAUUCACUAGAUGACUGACAGGGGAUGCUGUUUUGAAGCCACGGCGCCUCCAUCUUGGCACUUCCCCACCAUUAUAAAUAAUGUUUAGGAAGCUAUAGAAAUGCGAGAGCAUGCGCGUACCGAUAGGAUGGUUGGGGAAUGAAUAGGUCAAUUUUUUACUGACAAAACUGUGAUUAAAUGUAGAAGCCAGACAACAGUUGAAAUUAAGCCUCUAAAAUCGCUAGAUCAAUAUAUCCCCAAGCAACUGGGAGAGAGUGAGCGGUCAGUUAUGUACAGCAGCGAACCAAUCAGUUGAUAAAGCGGCGCAGUGACAUGAAUCCAACAACCAAUGGCUUCCCUCAGAGGAAAAGACAAGGAGCAACUUGGAGAUGCAAACGAGAGUCAUGAACAGCUAAAGGAUAUCCAGGAAAACAUACACUAUAUAUACAAAAGUAUGUGGACACCCCUUCAAAUUAAUGAAUUCGGCUAUUUUAGCCACACCCGUUGCUGACAGGUGUAUAAAAUCGAGCACACAGCCACGCAAUCUCCAUAGACAAACAUUGGCAGUAGAGUUCAGUGACUGUCAAUGUGGCACUGUCAUAGGAUGCCACCUUUCCAACAAGUCAGUUCGUCAAAUUUCUGCCCUGCUAGAGCUGCCCCGGUCAACUGUAAGUGCUGUUAUUGUGAAAUGCUCUCAAUGCACACCAAAACAAACAAACUGCUACAAUAUGUUGUUAAAAAAGUAGAUUUGUUCGAAAAGAAAGUAGAGUCUAAUGUGUCAGACAUGCACAUACAAAGAGUGCGCAUAAACGAACAAGACAACAAAAUUAGCCUCCAGGAAACAAAGUUUCAAACUUUAGAAGAUGAAUUGGACCAGCAGCAAAACAGAAUGAGAUUAAACAACAUGAGAAUAUUGUCCAUACCAGAAGAUGAGGAAAAAGGGGACCUUUCCCCGCUAAGUGUUCAAGCUGAUAUCGGAGGAACUUGACGUGGAUAUAUCACUAAAGGAUCUGGAAGGAUGCCAUAGGAUCGGCGUGAAACAGAAGAACACUAAAUACCCUUGCGUGGUAAUCUUCUAAUCAAAUUUUAUUUGUCACAUACACGUGUUUAGCAGAUAUUAUUGCGGGUGUAGCGAAAUGCUUGUGUUUCUAGCUCCGACAGUGCAGUAAUAUCUAACAAGUAAUAUCUAACAAUUGGGCUCCCGAGUGGCGCAGCGGUCUAAGGCACUGCAUCUCAGUGCUUGAGGCGUCACUACAGACCCCCUGGUUCGAUUCCAGGCUGUAUCACAACCGGCCGUGAUUGGGAGUCCCAUAGGGCGUUGUCCGGGUUUGGCCGAUGUAGGCAGUCAUUGUAAAUAAGAAUUUGUUCUUAACUGACUUGCCUAGUUAAAUACAGGUUAAAUAAAAUAAAUAAAAUUACACAACAUAUACCCAAUACACACAAUCUAAGUAAGGAAUGGAAUUAAGAAUAUAUACACUACCAGUCAAAAGUUUGGACACACCUACUCAUUCAAAAAUUAUUUAUUUUUUUCCCAUUUUUUCCAUUGUAGAAUAAUAGUGAAGACAUCAAAACUAUGAAAUAACACAUAUGGAAUCAUGUAGUAACCAAAAAAGUGUUAAACAAAUCAGAUUCUUCAAAUAGCCACCCUUUGCCUUGAUGACAGCUUUGCACACUCUUGGCAUUUUCUCAACCAGCUUCACCUGGAAUGCUUUUCCAACAGUCUUGAAGGAGUUCCCACAUAUGCUGAGCACUUGUUGGCUGCUUUUCCUUCACUCUGUGGUCCAACUCAUCCCAAACCAUCUCAAUUUGGUUGAGGUCGGGGGAUUGUGGAGGCAUGGUCAUCUGAUGCAGCACUCCAUCACUCUCCUUCUUGGUCAAAUAGCCCUUACACAGCCUGGAGGUGUGUUGGGUCAUUGUGUAAUGUAUACAAUAACUAUGUAUUUAUACUAUGACUAUCCCAUUUCAUGGAAUGCCCACCACCCUCAUACGACAUGUCUGCUAAAAUGUUUUAACUGGUUCUUCAGUGACAGACGGAACAGACAAUGUUAACUUUAGAUUUUAUACAAGUAAAGACCAACAAAAUCCAACUUAUUACAUGGAAUGUACACAUGCUCCAUGAUGGGGGGAGCAUAUGGUUCUUGAACACUUAGAGAUUGUCAGCAGAUGUGGUUUUCCUGCAAGAGUUACAUUUCAAAAUAUAUAUGGUGGGUCUGGGCAGGGGUGAUGUUGUGGAUGUUUUUAUGUGUCUUUAUGUUGUCGUGGAUGUUUUGUAUUGUAAAAAAUAUAUAUAUAUUUAUAUGGCAUUUGUUUUUGCCACGUUUAUUCUAUUACAGACACCUUAAUGUAUAAUUUUAAAUGAUAAGUGAGCUAAACAUUAAACAAAAAUGAAAAAAUAUAUAUAAACAUUUUCCUUAAUAAUUUUAACAAAGUUCUAAUGUUACUGUCCCCACUACAACAACAAAAUACAUAAAUACAUGUAAUUUGGUCCUUGAAACAUUUAAUUGAAAUACAGUAGAAUUCCAUUCAUUGCUAUGGAGGACUGCUUCUGGGGUGUGCCAAUAUGGCCAACCGGUGGUUUCAAGCCCUCUCAUUGGCCAAUACAUAGCAUCAGCAAUUCAGGGUUUAUAUACGACAUUGGUUCUCACUCCCCAUCCCACCUUCCUCUCUUUCACAUUCUGUUCCUGGCUCCCUCUGUCUGUCUGUCUGUCUGUCUGUCUGUCUGUCUGUCAGCCUGUCUCUGUCUUCAUAUAUCAUUGUUUUCCCUUGCCCUCCCUCUCACACUUUUCCUCUCCUCUCUUUAGGUUUCCCCCUUUCUCUCCCCUCCCCUCGCCUCCCCUCAUCACCUUAACCUUCACUUUUCCCUCCUCUUAUCAUUGUUUCUUAACUUCUCCCCUGUCUCUAUAUUGCUGCUCUCUUACCGUUUCUUACCCUCUCUCUACCUCUGGUUUUAACUUUGAAUCUGCUAUGUAAAUACAUGAAUAUCCCCUCUCUUUCUUCCUCUCUCUCUCUUCCUCCCCCUCUCUCUCCAGGAGAAGAACCUGGACUGGUUCCCCCGGAUGCGGGCCAUGUCCCUGGUGAGCAGCGAGGGGGACGGUGAGCAGAACGAGAUGCGCUCCCUGCAGGAGAAACUGGACAGCACCGUCACACUGGUGUCCCUGCUGUCCUCCCAGCUGUCCGAGCUAAAGGAUCAGGUACGGUACUGUCAUUGAACAAGGCAUUCAUUUAGACACUGAACAGGGCCGCACAACUCCAGUGUCGUGUUCAUUGUGGCACGCAAUGUUUGAUGAGCGCUUCUUAUUGGAUAAGUCCAAAUAGUCUUUCCCCGUUUCAGUCCAUGUUUGAGUGCUUGGUGCCUUAUGAACACAGUCGGUAUUCGAGGGCCACCGUCCUGUUGAUUUUGUGGGUGUCCCUAGCACUUAACUGAUCAAUGGAUUUCAUUGUUUGUUCAGAGUUUAGUCCACACGCUAUGGACUUUCUUCAUUUGUAUCCCUUUAAAAGUUCAGAACCAAAACCAGCAUCCACUGUGGCCCUUGAGGAACAUAUCUAUGCAAUCAGCCUUCCACUAUCUUUAACUUAGUGUAUUAUUCAAAGUUACAUUUGAUUCCAGUACAUAUUUUUUUAACCAGGGAUUGAAAUCAGCAACCCUGUAGUUUCAAUCCUCAACCAUACAGCCAUCUCUCUCUCCUCUCUGACCAAGAGGCUCUCAACUCCUUCAUGACAACCCAAGGCACAGAUCACCAUGGGUCUACUCACGCACAUCACAAUGGCCUAUCAUUCCUGUCCGUUCACAUGCACUUGUCAUUUUCUCUGAGGUUAUCAUGCCUUUAUGUACGAUGCCAUUUCCCUCCCUGACCUUGGGCUGACUAGUCGUGUGCAGCAAGUAGUGUGACAGAUCUCAUCACUCACCAUCACCUGAUCAUCACAACAACAUCACCAUCACCUGAUCAUCACAACAACAUCACCAUCACCUGAUCAUCACAACAACAUCACCAUCACCUGAUCAUCACAACAACAUCACCAUCACCUGAUCAUCACAACAACAUCACCAUCACCUGAUCAUCACAACAACAUCACCAUCACCUGAUCAUCACAACAACAUCACCAUCACCUCAUCAUCACAACAACAUCACCAUCACCUGAUCAUCACAACAACAUCAUCAUCACAACAACAUCACCAUCACCUCAUCAUCACAACAUUACCAUCACCUGAUCAUCACAACAACAUCACCUGAUCAUCACAACAUCACCUGAUCAUCACAACAACAUCAUCAUCACAACAACAUCACCAUAAUCUCAUCAUCACAACAACUUCACCAUCACCUGAUCAUCACAACAACAUCACCAUCACCUGAUCAUCACAACAACCUCACCUGAUCAUCACAACAUCACCUGAUCAUCACAACAACAUCACCUGAUCAUUACAACAGCAUCACCAUCACCUGAUCAUCACAUCACCAUCACCUGAUCAUCACAACAUCACCUGAUCAUCACAACAACAUCAUCAUCACAACAACAUCACAACAACAUCAUCAUCACAACAACAUCACCAUCACCUGAUCAUCACAACAACAUCACCUGAUCAUCACAACAACAUCACCUGAUCAUCACAACAACAUCACCUGAUCACCAUAACAACAUCACCUGGUCAUUACAACAGCAUCACCAUCACCUGAUCAUCACAACAGCAUCACCAUCACCUGAUCAUCACAACAACAUCACCAUCACCUGAUCAUCACAACAACAUCACCAUCACUUGAUCAUCACAACAACAUCACUAUCACCUGAUCAUCACAACAACAGCACCAUCACCUGAUCAUCACAACAACAUCACCUGAUCAUCACAACAUCACCUGAUCAUCACAACAACAUCACCUGAUCAUCACAACAACAUCACCUGAUCAUCACAACAUCACCUGAUCAUCACAACAUCACCUGAUCAUCACAACAACAUCACCAUCACCUGAUCAUCACAACAACAUCACCAUCACCUGAUCAUCACAACAUCACCAUCACUUGAUCAUCACAACAACAUCACCAUCACCUGAUCAUCACAACAUCACCAUCACCUGAUCUUCACAACAACUUCACCAUCACCUGAUCAUCACAACAACUUCACUAUCACCUGAUUAUCACAACAACAUCAUCACAACAACAUCACCAGAUCAUCACAACCACAUCAUCACCAUCACCUGCCUCUCCUGCAUGUGAUCCCAAGGCAGUCACAGACCUCUCCUUGUGUGUUCCUCUGCUGCCUAGAUGUGUGUGUGAACAACAAACAUCUGAUAGAGAAAAUAACAACCUUGGUAAAUAGCGAGCUGGAACUCAUGGAUGUUGUUUGUGAACACAGCCCUCUUAUACUCAGAAAGAGAAAACAACUUCAUGGUAAAAACAGAGCUGGAACAGGACAUGAGUCGUGUUGAUGUGGUUCCGAACGAUCAAAGUGCUGGUGUUCAUGGUAUCACAGACAGUACUAUGUUUACCUAGGAGGGUUGUUAAGGACUUGCCUCACAAGUCAGACAAUUGUUUCUGAAAUAUUACAUAGAGCAGGGCGAAUAUGGAAGACAGGAAAUCGAGGCUAUUUGGCCCUUUAAAACAGCAGAUUUGGUCACUGAUAAGCUCUACAGUAACAUGCUAUACAUGACAUCAGAGCUCUGGCUCUGCACUUCACAGCGCUGUAUGGGUUUUGACUGAUAAACAUUCUGAACUUGAGCACCGCACGCGACAAGAAGUUGCAUAUGUUUUGUUGUCUGAAUGAGGGAAAUGCUGUGACUGUAGAGGACUUUAUGUAUUUUGAAAGAUGUGUCAUUGAGGAUUAUAAUAAAUACCGCUUUGAUGUCAUACAAGCAAGCCAAACAGCAGAUGUCCAAAUUUGCUCUUCACAUAUCCUUAUCAAAAACUCAUGUCAUAUAACAUUUUAUUCGUCACAUGCUUCAUAAACAACAGGUGUAGACUAACAAUGAAAUGCUUACUUAAGGCCAUAUACAGUGUCAAUGUUUAUGGUCACUUAUGUUUUGAUGUACAGAACAUACCCUGGGUUGUUCUGAACAGAAUGAGCCUAUGUUUGUCUAUUGUGAAGAAAAUUCGCCACGGAACACACACCUGAAUGCACUCAUUAUUUCUUUCUAUGCUCACCAAAAUGAUGAUAUGUUUCUCUGAAUUGCCUUGUGAAAGCUUAACACUGUAAGAUCGUAUUUUAUAGCUUAGCUAGUCAUGUUGGCAAUAGAACAAGAUGCCGACCUGACCUAAAUUGAACAUGAUGCCCACCUGACCCAGAUUGUGAUUUAUAAUGGGCAGUUUUUGGAUUGCGUAAACAACAACAGUAAUUGUGUAAUGGCUUGGAUGCAGGGUUGUGCUCCAAACAAAACAACUAUUUUGUAUUGUGCACACUUUGGAGAGGUGUGUGGCCACUUGGAGAGACCAGUUAGUCCUCUCACUCAAACCCUUUUUUGCCUUAUGUUGCACCUACCCCACAUUUUCCAGGAAUUUUCUUAUCAUGUUACUGAAUGUAUUCAGAGUAUUUUCAGAUUUCAUUAUCAACAAAUGCAGCAAAAAGUACAGUAAAUAUAAAAUGCACAUAAAAUCAACAGGGUAAUGUUUGGAUUGUCUUGUCAGGUUAAUUGUUGUCCUCAACUUUGGUUUAAUAAUUUCACCAUAAUCUCCAAACUGUUCCCUUUCGAUUGCUACCAUGCUUAUGCAUUUAAUAUUUAUUCUGUAAGAAACAUUUCAAUUUAGCCCUCCCUAGGCAAAUUCCCACAGUGUUAACGGUUAAGGACAGAUGUGUGAAAGCUGAGAGCUGAGCCAGGUCUUCAGUACAAGAGAUUACAGAUACCGGUACAUGGUGUUUAUUCUCACCAAUGAUGAAUAUCAGGACCCUUGUAAUGAACUGUAAACUAAAGACAGUGAAAGGCUAUCCUGUAAAAUUCGACAUCAUCUCAAAUGGACUCCUUUGGACAUUAGACCACAUUUCAAUUUAGGAACUAUCUGACAAAUUGUAAAAGAUUUAGGCAAACUAAUGAAGCCAAGAUUUGGUUCUCGGUUCCUAGAUUACUGUAGGUGUAACCUGGGCUGACUGACUGUUUUUAGGCAAUGUUGCCAGAUUUAAUUGAAAACUGCCCAAACUGGCAAAGCUGUGUGUAGCGUAUAUUGAAUGUUGUUCUUUCCUUCUUUUCUACCCAGAUGACAGAGCAGAGGAAGAAUAAACAGAUGAUGGGCUUCCUGGGGCCUGCUGGGGUCAACAACCACCACAUCCCAGCACACUGA